GGAUCAGCGGGAAGGGAGCGAGGACACAGAGAGAGAGAGAGGGUCUCAUCCCGGGCCUGCGGACGGAGACAAGAACAAAAGAACAGGGAGUCCGACUCGGCGGACAGGAUCUGUGUGAAUAAUAAGAGGUGAGGCGGCCUGUGUGAUGGAGGGGGUGGGAUGGGGGCUGUGUGUCCGACUGGCUGCCAUGUACCUGCCCCGGCAUAGUCCGCUAACCGUGACCCCAGCUCUCCCCACACUGUGUGCAUUCCCAGCCUGAGCUGCUCCCGCUCCUCAUACAGAGUGACCCUGGGUGCACUCCUCGGGCUUGUUUUGUGUGUAUACCCCCAUUAACACUAAUGUGCUGAACACCUCUUGUGUGCAAACUCCGUGUGGUGCAUGCAGACCCCUCCCCUCUUCAUUCUCCUGUGUACAGACUCCUCCUCCUGUGUACACACUCCUUAUGUAGUAUACAGACCCCAUUGCCCUGUGUACACACUCCUUAUGUAGUAUACAGACCCCAUUGCCCUGUGUACACACUCCUUAUGUAGUAUACAGACCCCAUUGCCCUGUGUACACACUCCUUAUGUAGUAUACAGACCCCAUUGCCCUGUGUACACACUCUCCCUUUCCUUCAGGUGUAUAUAGUCCCCCGUGCUUGUGUGCUGAUUCCUUCCCAUGCAGACCCCUCCAUGCUCCUGUCUGCUAACUCAUCCUCCUAUAUACUGCUCACCCCUUCUUCUUGUGUACAACACACAUUUCUUCGAGUGUGCAGGUCCCCUUCACUAUCUCCAACUCUCCCAGUGAGGGUUAUCUGCCUUAUGGCUUGUCCUCAUGUGACAUGCCAGGCACUCAGUGUGUAUAAUACAUGCAUUAUGUUGCUAAAGGCAAUCCUUUGCCAGUUAUGUCUACCUUUUUAAUUUUUGUGUUUUUGGAGAAAUUAUUGCGUUAAGUUUGGUGUGUGAUUUGUGAGUCUGGAAAACCUAUAUGACUGACAUUUAAUGGUCUAAUCCAAAUUUAGCAAUACUGAUUGGACUGACUAAGCAUUAAUAUAAUGAUACAUUACAUGGCAGUUAUAUUAUUAUAUCAAAUUUAUGGAUUCCUUCUAGUGAAACAGAUUGUAUAAAUACUAUAUUUUUAUUUUAGUGUGUGUGUGUGUGUGUGUGUAUAUAUAUAUAUAUAUAAAAUCAUACUCAAAAAUGAACUUACUCAUAAUGUAAUGCUUCUAGUUUAAAAAGUAGCUUGUAUUUGAUGGAUACCUCAGAUGCCCUCUAGUGGCCCACAUUGUACUAGGAUGGAAAAGCAUCUCUUGCCCUAGACCACCUGUUUUGCAUUGGACUAUAUUUGCUUAGCAGAGAAAUAAUUCUAGUAAAAGAAGAGUGCUGUCAAUUUUUAAAGCUUCAUGUUGUAUUCCUUUGGGUUAUUAUUAGUGUAAUAUGUUUUAUUUUUAUUUGGCAUAAUGUGGGUAUCAGGAACCUUUCUUGACUUUUUCAUAGAAUAUCCUUUUAUGUGUUGUAAUUUGAAAUGAUUAAUACGAUAGAAAGCAGAUGAAUUGUACAUGUAAUAAGUAAUGUCCACUGUAUUUAUAUUAAGUUUUGUAAACAUCUAAAAACCUAAUGAAAGUCUUGCAGUAGAUAAUAUAAUCAGAAUAAAAGAGAGAUAAAAGAGAAGAAACAAAAUGUACAAAAUUACCCCUAUAGCAAACUAUUUACUAUAUGCCUAGUUACCUAAUUCAAAAAUAAAACCAGAUGGUCUCUCUAUUCUGACUUUAUUACUGUAUAGAGCCGUUAUGAGACCAUUCUUUAAUAUCACUUGUACAAAGCUAAUAUAGGCUUCACCAUAAAUAAUUUUCUUUAUUUAAAGGACCACUAUAGUGCCAGGAAAACAUACUCGUUUUCCUGGCACUAUAGUGCCCUGAGGGUGCCCCCACCCUCAGGGUCCCCCUCCCGCCCGGCUCUGGAAGGGGGAAAGGGGUAAAAACUUACCUUUUUCCAGCGCGGAGAGCUCUCCUCCUCCCUCCUCCUCCUCCCGCAUGCGCAGAGCGCGCGCGCAUUCAGCGUGUCUCAGGAAAGCAUUUACAAUGCUUUCCUAUGGACGCUGGCGUGCUCUCACUGUGAAAAUCACAGUGAGAAGCACGCAAGCGCCUCUAGUGGCUGUCAAUGAGACAGCCACUAGAGGCUUUGGGGGAAGGCUUAACCCAUUCAUAAUUAUAGCAGUUUCUCUGAAACUGCUAAAAUUAUGAAAAAAUGGGUUAACCCUAGAAGGACCUGGCACCCAGACCACUUCAUUAAGCUGAAGUGGUCUGGGUGCCUAGAGUGGUCCUUUAAGCAUUCUAAGCUCUAUCCGUAUAAUUUAAACUCUGACUAUAUAUUGUAUUCCGUAUGUCCUUUGUAAUCCUAUACAAAGAUCGGGGAUCCAGGUCUGCAUAUGAAUAAAAGGAGAAAACCAAGUAUAUCAGUGAGCAAAGGAAGGUCUUUAAUUGUAAUACCUCAGAAAUAUAUACCUAUAGUUUACACUCUAUACCUCAGUCACAAUGGUGAAAAAUCCUGGGACAUAUGUAAUCCCAAAGUAAGAUAGCGAUUUUAAGAAGAUAUUCCCCUUUCUCAUACUCAAUACUUCAGUCACCAGGAAAAUAGCACCUGGAACCUACAAUGCCCUAAAUUGGAGAUACUGGUAAUAAUAAAUGCCUAUAUCACAUAAUCAAUAUCUCAAUCAGAAAAGUGAGACCUGGGACCUACAUUAACUUCAUAGGACUGUUAUAAGGAGAAUAUACUUACAGUUGUGCUCAAAGGUUUGCAUACCCUUGGAGAAUUGGUAAUAUAUGUACCUGUUUAAAAGUAAACAUGAGUGGGCAGGCAAGACAAAAACAUUUUUUCUUAUGGGAUUCAUAUUCAAUUGUAGGUUAUAACAGAAUGGCACAAUCCUAAAACAAAACAUGGCAACAAAGAAUAAAAAUGAAAUGACUCCUGAUCAAAAGUCUGCAUAUCCGUAGUUCUUAUAACUGUGUAAUGCCUCCAGGUCAUGCAAAGUCUUUGGUUAUCUUGCAUGUACUGCACGUUUGAGAUCUCCCCAGAUUGGCUCGAUGGUAUUCAGGUCAGGAGAUUGUGAUGGUCACUCCAGAACCUUCACCUCUUUCUGCUUUUACCACUGGAGGGUCAAUUGGGCAUUGUGCUUAGGGUCAUUGUCAUGCUGGAAAGCCAAGGGCAGCCUUUGUGCAGAAGAAUGCGUAUUUUCUGAUACCAUGUUGCAUUCAUCUUGCCAUCAAUUUUCACAAGUGUUCAGUGCCAGGUAAGCUUCAGUUUGUCAGUGACUUUGUGUGCAUGUGCCUGCUAGUGAGCAAGCUUGUAUGUUUGUCUGUCGCGGCACUUGUUUGUAUUGAGCGUGUGUAUAUGUGUAUAUAUAUCUCAUGUAGUGUGUGUAUAGGUCUGGGAUUGUAUGUGUGUGCGUGUGUGGGUCUGUGAUUGUGUGUGUACAUCUGUGAUUGUGUGUUUAUAGGUCUGCGAUUGUAUGUGUGUCUGUGAUUAUCUGUGUAUAGUUUUGUGAGUGUGUGUGUGUGUGUAUGUCUGUGGUUAUGUGUGCAUAUGCAUUUACAUGUGUAUAUGUUUAGUAGAUAGCACCCUAAUUUGGUAUCCUUAAAUAUGUCAAUCCCACAUAAGGAUAACAAAUAAGGGAGUUAUCUACUAAACAACUGAAAUAUCAAAAUUAAGAAAAGGGGUUUUGAAGUUUUAUUACAUUCAUUAUAUUAUAGAUAUUAUGUGUGGCCCAAGGCAAUUCCUCUGCGCUCAAUGCGGCGAAGGGAUGCUAAAUGGUUUGACACCCAUGCUAUAAAGGGUAAUUUUGUAUAUAUUUGUUUAUUCUUUUUGUUUGCUUUAUAUCUGGUAACAUUAGUAUCUACUGUAAUAAUUUUAUUAUUUUUUUAGGUUCUAUUAAUAUAGGAUUACUCACUGUGAUAGUAUUUGUAAGUGUUAAGCACUAUGCCAGUCCUAGUGCUGGUGUGGACUCUAGGGCACUGAAUGCUAUUAGUUCUACUUAGUGUUUAUCUUUUGGAAUCACACUGACCUUGUUAUAAUUUUUAUUUUUUUUUAACGAUCUUACCCGUUUUCUUCUCUCAUUCAUGGAAUCAGUUGUUGUGGCUGCAAUUUCUUAUCUCUUUACAACAGCAGGUGGCUGAUCUGUCUUGAGAUUGCAGCACAAUGCUUUAGUGACAAGUGCAUCAUAGAAUCAAUGGGUAAAACACCAAAGAGUUUGUUGCUUUUUGGUAACUUUGUAUUAACACAUACAUGUGGCUAUAUUAAAAUCAAAUGUUAUUUUUUAUUUGAAAAUUCAAAAGAAUAUAGUCUCUAGACAGGCAAAUUCACACACAUUUUGAAGGGAGAAAACACAAAUAUGUAUACUAAUAAAAAAAAAUAUAGUACAUAACUCAAAGAAUAUGGACAACAGCUUGCCAAGAACUGAGUAAUUCGGGUGUUAAUAGAGAAUUAACCCCACAUUGGUGUUAAAUCCACUACUCCUCUAGGAAAACUUUACACUAAGAGUGUAAAAUUUACAUGGACUGGAUGUGUUCACAUAUCAGGCCAAGUAAAGUACAGUGAAACUUAGUUCCACUCUUCCCACAUAAGCAUCUGACUGUCAAGUGCACACUUGGACUCUGUGCUAGCACCUAUGCAGCAGAGGAACUACAAUUCCCUGUCUCCUUGGUGCCUAAAGCAGGAUAACUAAGCUUUGUCUUUUUCUGCUCUGUUGUGCCUUGUGUCUUCUGCAUGGCACUAGGAUAUAAGUGAUGUAGUAUUCCAGGGUCUCUCUCAUUGCCCCACUCAUUGUUUCAGAAUGGAUCAGAGGUUGAAAGAACUGAGAAGGCUAUUAAUUCUCGAUUCUCACUCCUAUCCAUUAUACCUCCGUGGAUGAGAAAGCGGUCUAGGGAAUAAAGCGGGAUUUAAUAAAUAUGAGGCUAAAGCAUAAGGGGUUUGGAAUAAGAGAAAAAGACAGGACAGAUGCAGAAAGAGAUAACUAAAAAGAGAGGCCAGUAAAAAGCAUAAAAGAAGAGACACAAGGAGUAAAACAAAGAGAGGCUCACAAGCUUUGAAGAACUGUCACUUCCCAGCGCUUUGACCGACCGUGCACAUAGUCCUAUGCCCAAAACAGUUCCAAUGAAAUCAGUGCGAACAGUCGGUUAAGUUCGGUAGUCUUUUACAAGUUUCCCUGCAGGGCCCAUAGUCUGUAGGCAGAAGGCUGGCAAACUCUGGUAAAAAUGGGAGUUUGCCACAGGGCUAUAUUACCAAACUGCUAUCACAAUGUUUGAAGAACUAAAUUGUGUAAAAUGUAAUCAUGAAGUGUACUUCACUCGAAAUCUGAAAAGUUGCAAAUUAUUUUUUUUCCCUCCUUGACAACCUCAUUUCAAAUUGUGUGUACAGUGCAUGCCACACAUAAAACUUUAAUAAUAAUGGUGUUUUAAGGAGGUACAUAUUGGGAGUAAUAACUAAUCCUGUGUUGAUACCUUUUUAGAGCAGUGUUACUUACAGUAUCUCACAAAAGUGAGUACACUCCUCACAUUUUUGUAAAUAUUUUAUUAUAUCUUUUCAUGUGACAACACUGAAGAAAUGAUACUCUGCUACAAUAUAAAGUAGUAAGUGUACAGCCUGUAUAACAGUGUAAAUUUGCUGUCCCCUCAAAAUAACUCCACACACAGCUAUUAAUGUCUAAACCAGCGGUUCCCAAACUAUAUGCCGCAACGGGCACACGGGAGCCGCAAGUUAUUUUCCCGGUGCUAUGAUGAUAGCGCCAUGAACUGUGCUUUCCUCUGCCCCGGUUGCCAAGGCAACACUCCAGAUCUUGCGAGAGUGAACUCUAGCAGCUCCUUAGGCUGCUAGAGUUCACUCUCUCCACUGGGACCACCAGGGAUUGCAGAAAAUGUACCCCCUCCCAGGCAAAGGUAAGCAGGGAGGGGGAUGAUAUCAUUUUUAUAUUAAUAAAAAAAAGUUAAGUAAAUAUUUAUUAAUUUGCCCUCCUACCCCCACAGACCUCAUACACACAAUUAUACACACACUACCCCUCAUACACACACACUAUCCCCCAUACACACAAUUAUCCCCCACCCCCCCAAUACACACUGUACCUCACACACACACUACAGCCCCUAUCCCGGCAGACCCCAGAUAAGUUGUCAAACUGUUCUUAAACAGUUUGACUACUUACCCUGGAAGGGCACUACUGGCACCAUAACUACUACACCAUAACCACUACAAUGUAGUGUGGCUGGAUUGUUUCUUUAAAUAAUCUACCAGUGCCACUCCCAAAGAUUAGGGGCCAAGUAUAUGCUGCAGCACUGUACAUAUAUAGAACCUAGAAAAAUUUUUGGAAAAAUAUUGAAAUAUUAAGGGCGCCUCGUACCUAAAAAGUAUAGGAACUGUUGGCAACAAAAGGUAGUACACCCCUAAGUGAAAAUGUCCAAAUUGGGCCCAAUUAGCCAUUUUCCCUCCCCCGUGUCAUGUGACUUGUUAGUGUUACCAAGGUCUCAGGUGUGAAUAGGGAGCAGGUGUGUUAAAUUUGGUGUUAUCUCGCUCACACACUCUCAUACUAGUCAUUGGAAGUUCAACAUGGCACCUCGUGGCAAAGAACUCUCUGGGGAUCUGAAAAAAAAGAAUUGUUGUUCUACAUAAAGAUGGCCUAGGCUGUAAGAAGAUUGACAAGACCCUGAAACUUAGCUGCAGCACUGUGGGCAAAACCAUACAGCAGUUUCACAGGACAGGUUCCACUUAGAACAGGGCUCACCAUGGUUGAUCAAAGAAGUUAAGUGCAUGUGCUCAGCGUCAUAUCCAGAGGUUGUCUUUGGGAAAUUGACAUAUGUGUGCUGCCAGCAUUGCGGCAGAGGUUGAAGGGGUGUGGGGUCAGUCUGUCAGUGCUCAGUCCAUAACCCGCACACUGCAUCAAACUGGUCUGCAUGGCUGUCGUCCCAGAAGGAAACUUCUUCUAAGGAUGAUGCACAAGAAAGCCCACAAACAGUUUGCUGAAGACAAGCAGACUAAGGACAUGGAUUACUGGAACCAUGGCCUGUGGUCCAAUGAGACCAAGAUAAACCUAUUUGGUUCAGAUGUUGUCAAGUGUGUGUGGCGGUGUUCUAUCAGUCUGGUAUACUCCGUCAGAUUGCUAUACCCACGUCACUUCCGGGGAGGGGAAUCCGCUGUCUCCUGUGCUGCACAUGCGUGCUAGCACUCCUGCUACUCCUCCACAGCAAGGUCCUGGAAGGUAAGUAAAACUAGUUUUACACUUUCAUUAUAGUUAGUGCAUUCACUAAGCUUAGGCACACAGGACAUUUAGGGUUAAGUGAGGGUACAAAUUAGGGUUAGGUAAGUGCUUCUAACCUCUCUCACACUCUAUUCUUACCCUAACCCUUGGGGUAAGGGUUAAAAUAAAGUGUGAGAAAUCACUAUUUAGUGAUAUUCCCCUAAUGUGAAAUAUCACUAAAUAGGAACAAGUCCCUAAUCCUAACCCUAAUUUGAACCCUAACAUUAACCCUAAAUGUCCCAUGUCCUAAGCUUAGUGAAUGCCUUAACUAUAAUGAAAGUGUAAAACUAGUUUUACUUACCUUCCAGGACCUUGCUGUGGAGGAGUAGCAGGAGUGCUAGCACGCAUGUGCAGCACAGGAGACAGCUGAUUCCCCUCCCCGGAAGUGACGUGGGUAUAGCAAUCUGACGGGGUAUACCAAACUGAUAGAACAGCGGCAAGCAGGUGAGGAUUACAAAGAUAAGUGUGUCUUGCCUACAGUCAAGCAUGGUGGUGGGAGUAUCAUGGUCUGGGCCUGCAUGAGUGCUGCCAGCACUUGGGAACUAUAGUUCAUUAAAGGGAACCAUGAAUUCCAACAUGUACUGUAAAAACUGAAGCAGAGCAUGAUCCCCUCACUUCGGAGACUGGGCCGCAGGGCAGUAUUCCAACAUGGUAACGACCCCAAACACACCUCCAAGACGACCACUGUCUUGCUAAAGAAGCUGAUGCUAAAGGUAAGGGACUGGCCAAGCAUUUUUCCAGACCUAAACCCUAUUGAGCAUCUGUGGGGCAUCCUCAAACGGAAGGUGGGGGGAGCGCAAGGUCCCUAACAUCCACCAGCUCCGUGAUGUUGUCAUGGAGGAGUGGAAGAGGAUUCCAGUGGCAUCUGGUGAACUCCAUGCCCAUGAGGGUAAGGCAGUGCUGGAAAAUAAUGGUGGCCACCAAAUAUUGACACUUUGGGCCCAAUCUGGACAUUUCCACUUACUGGUGUACUCACUUUUGUUGCCAACAGUUUAGACAUUAAUAGCUGUGUGCUGAGUUAUUUUGAGGGGGACAGCAAAUUUACACUGUUAUACAGGCUGCACACUUACUACUUUACAUUGUAGCAGAGUGUAAUUUCUUCAGUGUUGUCACAUGAAAAGAUGUAAUAAAAUGUUUACAAAAAUGUGAGGGGUGUACUCACUUUUGUGAGAUACUGUAACUUUAUUGUUGCAAUGGGCCAAAUUCACAAACACAGAAUUAGCUUGAUAGCUCAUUCCUCAAUUGAAAACUGAUCACAAUGACCCUACCUAUUUGAGUGUUACAUAAUUCACAUAAAAAUUAUUUAAAAAUUCCAUGAUUGAACUUCUACAAUCAAAGGAAUCUUCUCUGUACUGGGAAAAUCAAUGCAGCUACAGUAAAUAACAUAUAGUGGCAUUAGCUCGGUUCAUGGUGUUAUAUGUACCUUUUACUAGGUAUACAAACCAGAGCCAUAGAAUGCAGUACCUAGUUAAUGAUACCUAUAGUGUUGCAGUGAUUAUUCAAACUAUUUCAAUAACCAGUUACUAAAUAUAAUUACUCAAGUGACCACAUUAAAAGUUAAUAAAGUGGGUGUGCAAAGUCUAAAUGUUGGAGUUUUGCGAUUGAGUGACGUUAAUAACUUUGUGUAAAAUUAUUGUCAUGUCCUGUUAGCAUGAACAUGUGCAAUGUCUCAUCAUUGGGUCUGGUAUGCAUGCACAGUAUUUCAGGAUAAUUAUUUUAUAGAUAAUUCAAAUGUUGAACCCCUUAAGGAUGGAGGAAAUUGUCCAAGUUCUGAACCAAAACAAAACCUAGAAUUUGAGCUAUAUGUCUGUUGAACCAUAAAUUACCAAUUUCAUGUUAAGUGCACCCACACUUUGUUCAGAAGAAAUAGGUCUUUCAGUUCACAUCAAAUAUUUAUAUAUGGACACAAUUGAAUAUGAAUAAAAUCUAAAAAAGUAUUUUAAUUGUGAAUAAAAUGGGCAUUGGGGGGACACCCAGAACAUGCAUUUCUAAGCAGUGGUGCUACUAUAAAGGCUAAGUUAUACACACACAAAAAAAACACUGUCAAAGGAACAAUGAACACACAAAGACAAAAUUACUGUUUUUGAAGUUUUACAAGGCUACUUAAAAUCUAUCUUGGCAAACAAGUAUGGAGUUUCUGUUACACCAUAUGGCCAUAUUUGUGUUCAUUUCACCACUAUGUCACAGUACCACAAUAUUAGUGGGUCGUACACUAAUUUUAACAUGGGAGGUUUACAUGAUAACUUUCAGUACUGACUGCUUAAACAGCUUCCAGAGACUGCUCAGUUUGUUUUCCUUUGGUCACUUCCAAAGGGGUACCUUUAGUACAAGGCUUGACAAAUUUGCUUGGAAUCUAGGAGCCAGCUAGAAAAGUUAAGUCAGAGAAAUCAGUGCAAAAAAAAUAAAUUUUUUAAAGGGGCACUAUAGUCACCAGAACCAUUACAUCUUAAAGGGACACUAUAGGCACCUGAACAACUUUAGCUUAAUGAAGCAGUUUUGGUGUAUAGAACAUGCCCCUGCAGCCUCACUGCUCAAUCCUCUGCCAUUUAGGAGUUCAAUCCCUUUGUUUUUGAACCCUAGUCACACCUCCCUGCAUGUGACUUGCACAGCCUUGCAUAAACACUUCCUGUGAAGAGAGCCCUAUUUAGGCUUUCUUUAUUGCAAGUUCUAUUUAAUUAAGAUUUUCUUACCCCCUGCUAUGUUAAUAGCUUGCUAGACCCUGCAAGAGCCUCCUCUAUGUGAUUAAAGUUCAAUUUAGAGAUUGAGAUACAAUAAUUUAAGGUAAAUUACAUCUGUUUGAAAGUGAAACCAGUUUUUCUGCAUGAACAGAAACAAAGUGAUUUAACUCCUAAAUGACAGUGAAUUGAGCAGUGAAAUUGCAGGGGAAUGAUCUAUACACUAAAACUGCUUUAUUUAGCUAAAGUAAUUUAGGUGACCUGUCCCUGAAUGCUUUUCACUGUAAACACUGACUUUUCAGACAAAAGGCAGUGUUUACAUUGCUGCCUGGUAACACCUCUAGUGACAGCCAUUCAGAUGGCCUCUAGAGAUGCUUCCUGGGUCAGUGCUUCACAAUGUGCAGCACCUACAUUAAUGUUCCCCAUAGAGAUGCAGUGGUUCAAUGCACCUCUAUGAGAAGUUAAAUUGGUGCAGUGGCAUUUUGCCGUGCAUGUGCAAUAGUCUUCCAAUACUUUCCUAUGGGGAAGCAUUGGAUUGGCUGAGAUCGUCAAGAUUGAUCUCAGCCAUGGAUGUGGGGCCAGCCGCAGCGUCAUCAACAUGGCGUGGGAAAAAAGAUGAGUAAAAACACUCAGACAUACUGACAUACAUAAAGUCACACACACUCACAGACAUACAGACACACACACACACACUUACAAGUAAUUACUUUAUUUAAAUCUACCCAGCUUCCUUACUUCUGGAGAGCUGCAGUGGAUAGGCUUUCCCUGUGGUCCAGUGGGGCUGCUGUCAUCUCCCUGCUCUGCUUUCUUUCGCACACUGUUUAGUGAGCCGGGGGCUGGAGUGAUGUCAUAACCCGGCAUCACCAUAAGUCGUGCGAGGGAGCAGAGCGAUUACAGCUCCCUCGCCGCGGCAUUAAGUCAUCCGUCUGCCCGCCUCACUCUGCUCUCCAUUACCCAGCUGCCCCCUCCGUCAGCUGUCCGCCUCCCUCAGCUCUCCAUAGGCUGGCCGCUCCCCUCACUCAGCAAAAAAUGAGCCGGCCGCCCCAACUCCCUCUGUCAGCCACCUGCCUCCCUCUCACAGCUCUCCAUGUGCCAGUCUCCCUCUCUUAUUUCUCAAUGAGCCGGCCGCCUGCCCGCCUCCCUCAGUCAGCAUCCUGCCUCAGCCCUCCGGCUGCCCGCCUCUGCUCUCAUGCAGCUGGUCGCCUCGGGGGCUAAACAGGCUCACAAAUCCCAGGUGCCAGGACAAAUUUCCUGGUCGCCAUAGCAACCUGGAGCCUGGGAUUUGUCGAGCCCUGCUUUAGUGGAUAGGUGGGGUACUGUGAAUGUCAAUAAUAUAGCAAACAAUGAAAGCACUCCAGGGUCUUGUUAAAGUUUUUGAAAAUAAAACAACUUUUAUUGUAGCUUCUUAAAAAGUCAACAUUUCACUUUGCAUGCACCAAGGAGAUCCAAGCAGCAGCGGAUAUAUGGGAGGCUUGUACCAAAGUGUCCAUGUGUGUAACGCUACAGGAACAAUGCUACAAAACAUUAUUUAGGCUGUAUACAACGUCGGUUAAGCAAUGUCACAUGAAACUGAGUCCCACUGAUACCUGCUGACACCUUUGCGGUGAUAAGGGAAGCUAUAUACACCUGUGGUGGCAAUGCCCAAGAGUGAGGGAAUUCUGGGGAAAAGUGGUAGACCUCAGCCCUCACAUUCUCCAAAGGCGAAUGGAGCUCAACCCAUGGGGGUGCUUUCUCUCCAGACCCACCAAAAUUUCCUGGAUGGUUGGGAAAAAAAAGGUUGGGAAAAGUUCUGGUAACCUUUUACCUCUUGUUGAGUUACUAAACAUCUGAUCAGAAUUCUGAAUAGAAUUCCAAGCAAUAGUUACAGAAGUUUAUUCCUACAGCUUUUAUUAUCUUGUGUAUAUAUUUUCUUUUUAAACUUUAAAAAUAAAUAAAAAUCAUGUUCACCCUAUAUGUGUAUGAGAAAUCAUACUAUGGUAUGUUUCCUGUAGAUGUGUUGAUCUUUGUUGGAAGUGUCUAGUCACAUGAAAAAAAGGUGAAAGGGACACUUCACUUGCCAGUGCCACCCUAUUGUAAGUAGUAAAACCAUUUUAGAAUGGUUUCACUUCUUUCAAGGUUCCAUCGGGUCAGCCCCAUUACAGCUACAGCCGGUGGCUUUGUCUGAGCUAUUAUUAUGCUAGAGAGUGGAAUCUGAUUGGCUGUUCCUAUUGCUGGGAAGAUAUAGCUCUUAUGUUUUUGGAUUGUUUAUUAUACUGAUUUAAUGUUAUUUUUUUCUUUGCUGCUGAGGGAAAUAAAGAAAAAGUGCAGCAUAAUACUCGCCUCCGUGUCAUUAAUAAAAUCGUGACUUUACGUCAUGAAAUAGUAAAAUCUGGUCAUUUUAAUAAGACACGGGGGCUCCUAUUAUGCUAGUUUAAAGCUGUGGUAUGAUCGUUCCUGCAAAAUGUUGAAUGGGUUUAAAAUAAAAAUUCUGAAAUGUAGAUUCCAAUGACUAGUUGGCAGCUUGUAAAAUAUCCUCUAAACGGCAGCCGACUGCAGAAGCUUUAGAAACCAUAGCACCACGCACUGAAUGUGUGGAGAAUACAGAAGUAUCGAUGCCGGCUAGGGCCAUAAUCCAUUUUACACAUCAGGCUAAUGAAAGAGAGGAUACCAGUAGGUGUGGUUAGCGGAAGGAGAUGAACAGUUGAUGCUUUUGAGGAUUCCGUAAAGAGAUUGUACGACUUUCAUAUUCCCAUAAAAUGCCACUGAGCAAAGGGCAAAGGUCUCUCUGGGAAGGCCAGGUAUAGAACAGACUUGGAAGAGGUCUUGUCCGUCUAGAGAUGUCAAAAAAGGACGCCUUCAGAAGUAUAAGAGCGAGCAUCUGUGUCAAGAGCCCAUACGUCAAACUCUCUUGCAUGAGAUUAGGCAAAAAAGCAAGACUAUUUUAGCAGAAAGUUGUUUGAGGGAUAACGACACAUUGUCUGGCCAUGACUCCAGAAAGUUGAGAAAUGUCCAAGAGUGAAGUAUAACGAGGCAAAGGAGGACGAGAAAACCGCACUCCGCGAAGGAGGCCACAGACAAAGAGAUGUUGUCCAAUGGGGAUACCAUCAAUACCUUGAUGUCCUGCGGAAAGCGCAGAACGGUAAAGAUUAACCGUGCGGUAUGCUUUCCCUGCCUUAAAAAGAGAAGUCAGAAAAUGUAAGAUGGAUGUUAAAGGAGCUGAUAAGGGAUCCAGAUUUCUUUCCAGGCACCAACCAUUCCAUGCAUUCCAAGCAGGUUUAUAAGCUAGCCUCGUGCCAGGUGCCUUGCAUUCUCGAGAAGUCUGAUAGCAGACUGAGGAAUAACUGGGAUUGUCGAAGGUCCCCUGAAAUCAGCCACACUAUAAGACGUAGAAGGCCCUCGAGGAUCAGUGGGUGGGGUUGACCAUCCGGGUCUUGGAGGAGAGAGUCGUACAAUGGGAGAAGACGAGGAAAAUCCACUGCCAUUUCCAACAGAUGCAGGAACCAUGGUUGUGAUGCCCAUAGCGGGGUCACGAGCACCAACAUGCCUCGUUGGUGACGUAGGUAAAGUAGGCAACGAGGAAUCCGUGCAAAUGGGGGAAAUGCAUAGUUUGUUUUCGUAGACCAAUCUUGGGAAAAAGCAUUUGUUGCCAGAGCCGUCGGGUCUGGUCUCCAGCUGAAAAAAUUAUGGGUUUGCGCAUUAAUUCGAGAGGCAAAGAGAUCUAUUCCCAACGGUCCCCACAGGUCUGUGAUUUUCUGGAAUAUUAAAGGGUUCAGACGCCAGUCGCUGAAGACUUUGAGGUGGGGAAGUACCAAUCUGCUGUGGUGUUUGAGAGGCCAGGAAUAUAUUCUGCUGUCACCAAAACAUUGUGCAGAAGGCAAAAUUUUCAAAAAUUGCGAGCCAUGCUCGCCAGCACUUUGGACUUCGUGCCUCCUAGAUGGUGGAUGUAUUUGACUGCUGAAUAUUGUCCAUCUUCAGUAGGAUUGUGCAUUCGGAGUGGGUUGGAGAGAGGCUGCGCACAGCAAAGGAUCCGGACAGAAGUUCCAGGCAAUUGAUAUGUAGUGUUGAUUCUAGAUCUGACCAUCUGCCUCCUGUGGAAAUAUUUCCACAAUGCUCACCCCAACCGUGUAAGCUUGCAUCCGAUUCUAUGAUCAGGUCAGGGGUCCAUUCCAGACUUCCAUGUGGAGAAGCCACCAAUGAAGCUCGUCUUUCGCCUCCUUGUCCAAUGUCACCAUGUCUUGGUUUGAUGCUCCGCCUCUGAGGUAAGAGGCUUGCAGCCAUUGAAGUGCCCGAUAGUGUAGAUGACCUGGGAAUAUGGCUUGGAUGGAAGCUGCGAGGAGUCCAAUGACCCGUGCCAAGUGUUUGAUGGAGAGUUGGGAAACAGCCAACAUACAUCUUAUUUCUUUUCUGAUAUUUACCAGCUUUGAUGUUGGUAGAUGUAGAGUCUGAAGAGUUGAAUCGACCAUUAGUCCCAGGAAUUCGAUACGUUGGGAAGGAGCCAUGACGGACUUUUCCCAAUUGAAAAGGAAACCCAGGUUUUGUCCAGAUAAAUGAGAAGCCAAAUACCUCGACUCCUUAGUUGAGCAACCACUGGUUUCAUGAAAUUGGUGAAACACCACGGAGCUGACGACAUGCCGAAUGGGAGACACCUGAAUCUCCAUUUUCGUCCCUGCCACAUAAACUGGAGAAAAUUUUGAUGUUGGUUUGCUAUAGGAACCGUGAGGUAAGCGUUCUGUAAAUCUAAUCUUGCCAUCCGCUGGUUGGAGUAAAUCGCAAAGACAAUGUAUGCCUUCCAUCUUGAAAUGGUUAUAGGAUAAAUAACUGUUUAGUUGCUUUAGGUUUAUGAAUGGUCUUACCCCUCCACAUGGGUCGGAAUCUUUGUGAUGGCUUGUGUGGAUACCAGGAAAGCAUCCUGAUGGGGAAAAAACAAUUUCCCUGGGAGGGAGGUUUGGACUGGUUGUGACACAAAAUCUAUCUGAUAACCCGUCACUGCCUGAAGGACCCAAGCAUCUGACAUCAGAUGUGACCACACAUGAGAAAAUUGCAUGAGUCUGCCCCCCACUAAAGGAAAAAGGGGGGAGCAUUGACACUUACCAUAAGGUCGUCUUCCAGAAGUAGCUCCUCGAAUGCCCCUAGCAACCCAGGGUAUAUAUCUCUGUGGGAAGAAAGCUGAUGAUGUUCUUUGUUCCUGAAAACCAGCUCGUCCUAAAUAGGAGCCUCGAUUCUGUAUAUAAGAACCACCUUGUCCAAGGGUUUACAGAUGUAUCUCGCUACAUGUUCGGAAGGGCACCACUCUGCUGAACGCGGAUGUCUCAAAUCCUCUGGAUCAAACAGGAGUAAACCCAGAGGAUCCAAGAUUUUUGUAUAGUCACCAGAGCCCGACACACUUACCUGGGCCCCCGGAAAUCAUAGCAGGAAAGGUGCUGUGGGAGAAGGCGAUGGCCUCUCCCUCUGCACUGUCGGAAUCUGGUUCAAACUGGUCAUCUGAGGCAUCCAGUAUGUACUCAUUACUCUCUUCCUUGAUGUCGCUGAGAACAGACACCGACAAAUCAAGCUGGGCUCUCGCCCGCUUCUAUAGUCUAGCCAACUUUGCCCAGCUAGUGUCUCAUUUGCACGCCAUCUGUGGCAGCAGGAAAGGUGUCUGUCAAAUCUGUUUUGUAGGAGUGUUUAGAUUUGACCGUAGCUUUACGACGUUGUGUGGCAGGUGCUGGUGUAGGUGCAGUCGACAGGGCAGUCUGCUGAGCUGACUGCUGAGCCGGUAAAAUGGCCUGAGUGAUAGUUUGUGACAAAGCAGUCAACAUCACGCCCAUAGUAGACAUCAGAGCCUGCGUCAUGGAUCUGGAUAUUGAGGCGUCUAAAAGCGCCUGCAUGUCUGCAGGUGCAGGGAGAUCAGGGGACAAAACCCCAUUCCCAGCAGGGUAAUCGUGGUGAACCUGAGAAAUUUGACAGAUUGGUUUGCUUGGGCCUAUGUUGCCUUUGAGACCGUAUAGCAGCCCAGAAAUGAAAAUUAACCCCAUCAUGGCAUACCAUUUGUAAAAGUAAAUAACCCACGGUAUUCAAAAUAACCCACGGUAUGACAAAUGGGGUAUGCCAAAGUUAGUGUUCAUAUUUGUUUUUUGCAUUUUUUUUUUUAACACAAAAACUGCACUUUUACUGGUGAUUUCCUCGUUCUGAUAAGUUUUUCUGUUGUAAACACUCAUAUUUGUGUUCAGCGAAGUCUCCCAAGUAUAACUAUACCCCCCAUGUACAGGUUUUAUGGUGGUUUUAAAAGGUACUGGGUCAAUAUAGGGCUUGUCCAAUUCAGUUCGCUAGAUUGGUUUGCUGGGUCUGUGUUGCCUUUUUAGACCAAUGGUAGCCCAGGAAUGUGAAAUAACCCAAUCAUGGCAUACCAUUUUCAAAUGUAGACAACCCAGGGUAUUCCAAAUGGGGUAUUUCCAGUCUUUUGUAGUAGCCACUUAGUCACAAACGCUGGCCAAAGUUAGCUUUUUUAUUUGAUUUUUAUAAAUAGAAAAUUUUUCAAUUUAUAUUUUAUUUAUUUAUAUAUAUAUAUAUACAUAUAUAUAUAUAUAUAUAUAUAUAUAUAUAAUUUUUUUUAACUUUUUAGUAGCCUGAGGGACUGUCUGACAGCUCAGACAGUCCCCCUGCUGGCCGCUCCUAGACUCCUAUUGCGGCGAUGUGAUCAUGGUGAUAACAUUGCCCUGGAGGGCCGGGGUGGCUGGAGCUGCUGUACGGGGGCUGCUGUGGUCUCCUGCAGUCCCCCCCUACCGUGAUCGUAGCGGAUCGCCAGUCCAGGGCUCCUAUUUGCCACGGUCCUUAGCGCCAGUUUUUUUGUCGUACGUACAUAGUACGUCCACGGUCGCUACGUGUGUGUGUAUGUGUGUGUGUGUGUGUGUGUGUGUGUGUGUGUGUAUAUAUAUAUAUAUAUAUAUAUAUAUAUAUAUAUAUAUAUAUAUAUAUAUGUGUAUGUGUGUAUAUAUAUAUAUAUAUAUAUAUUUAUUUUUUUUCAUUCUACGUGUAUUUUUAUAUAAAUAUAUAUAUUAAUAUCAAAAUACAGUUCCGGGGGAUCGAUCACCCGGUAAUCUCCGGUGGCCCCCGGCAGUGAGGGGGUAUUACAGCGAUGCCUCAACAUUGCGAUCACGAUCGCUUCCAGAGCUCUAAUUACCCCAAGACGUAUCAGGUAUGCGGAUCAGGUACACGUCCUUAACCCCUUAAGGACCAAACUUCUGGAAUAAAAGGGAAUCAUGACAUGUCACACGUCAUGUGUCCUUAAGGGGUUGAAGACCGUUUUUUUGUUGGACAUACCUGAUACGUCAGCAGUAGCUAAGGGGUUAAACAUGAAAUUUGUGAAAAUAACCAUGAAAUAUUAAACAAUAAUACUAAUAAUAAAUAAGGAUAAUAAUUCACAACGAUAAUAUAACAGUAUUAAAUAACUAUCCCACAGUUAAGAAAACUAUGGGAGCAGUGUACUUAACGGAGGGAGCAGCAAAGAAAGAGGAAAUAGUUUGUAGAUCACUGCCUAUUAUGCUAGGGAGUGGAAUCUGAUUGUCUGUUCCUGUUGCUAGGAAGAUAUACCUCUAAUGUUAGGGAUUGUUUAUUAUACUGAUUUAAUUAUGUUUUUUCUUUGCUGCUGAGGGAAAUAAAGAAAGAGAAGCCUCCUUGUCUUAAUAAAUAACAUGUUUAGCUUAAACCCCAGGGACCAUUUCCUUCUCCAUGCAGAAAGCAAAAUCGAAAGGGGGCAAAAUAGAACAGACACUCCCUCUCUCUCUCUCUCUCUCUCUCUUCUAGAAAAGUGACAAUUCGCAUAUAGCCACCUGUCUUUAAUUCAAAUGGUAAAUAAUAUCUAAGUAAUAUGCUACAUUUAUCAUUACAUGUGCUCAUUCGAUUCUCUGUGUUUACCAGUUUAUUUAGAAAAUACUACUAGUCCCAGCACCAGAUUAAAGGACCACUCUAGGCACCCAGACCACUUCAGCUUAAUGAAGUGGUCUGGGUGCCUGGUCCAGCUAGGGUUAACCCAUUUUUUUAAUAAACAUAGCAGUUUCAGAGAAACUGCUAUGUUUAUAAAUGGGUUAAUCCAGCCUCUAAAGCCUCUAGUGGCUGUCUCAUUGACAGCCGCUAGAGGCGUUUGCGUGCUUCUCACUUAUGAAUGCUUUCCUAUGAGACUGGUUGAAUGCGCGCGCAGCUCCUGCCGCACAUGCGCAUUCCGCCGGAGAGGAGGAGGAGAGAAAGAGGUAAGUUUAACCCCUUCCUCUCCCCAGAGCCCGGCGGGAGGGGGUCCCUGAGGGUGGGGGCACCCUCAGGGCACUAUAGUUCCAGGAAAACAAGUAUGUGUUCCUGGCACUAUAGUGGUCCUUUAACUGAUAUUUGAUGAGGGGAGUUUAAUGUAAUGAUUUUAAAGUGCAAAAGUUGAAUUGGUAACUAGAAAAUCAAUGAAUGGUGGUAAUGUAGCCUCAAAGGUCAGUGUUUUAAACAGUGCAUUCAUUCAUUGAAUAGCGGAUGAAAGAAUUGCUUCAGAAUUCAAUGCAGGGAGCACACCCAAACCAUGAUGUUUGCAUGCCUCUGUAAAAAGAGUGAAGUGCAAGUUAACUGAAGCCACAAUAUCUUUUUUUUUUUUAUCCCAGUAAAAGUAGAUGCCAGUGCAUUUGUUGAUCUUUGGUUUCCUAUCAGAGUAGGGAUGGUGCAAAUCUAUGCAAGCUUUCCUAUGGAGGAAGUCGUAAUGCGAGUUCGGCACUCGCCUUGCAUGCAUGUUAGGUCCCCCCUGCCAGCUGACAUCUGAAGGGGAGUAGCGGGAAGGUGCCUGAACCAGCACAGAGGGACUUUGGCGUAAGUGACAGAAGGGGGGCCCUUUAACAUCUUCUGCACCGAGGGUAGCUAUAUAGGGAGCUAUGGUGCCAGGAAAACACCUUUCCUAUUUUCCUGGCACUAUAGUUUCCUUAAAGAUCUGUAAGUCAUUGCAGAUGUACCUAGAAGUCUGUGACUUGAUUUUAUAUGGAAUCUGUGAAGGGACCCUAACUAAAUUGCCUUUACUGUUGGUUUUUUUUUGUCACAUGAAAAUUCUCUCAUUUUGCUACUAAAUUUAACUGAUUGCUGCAUUUACAAUAGCUUGAUGAUGCUGACAUCAUCAAUUAAUCUAUGCCUCCGGUUCAUCAUUAACGUCAUUGCUUAAUAGAAUGUAUCUUCAAAUAUACCAGCUGGCAGAGCACCUCUCAUGUGGCAUCAGGUUUUUACACUGCUCAGUCAGCAACACGCACUUAACUUUUGCUUCUAUUAAAGAAACAAAAGCUGGCAAAAGAGAUUGUAAUUUGAAAUUUGUUGUCAUACAGAUUUUGGUUAUUCCCUCCGCCUCCCUUCAACUCAGAGGACAUUUUAUGACAAACUUGUUGGAUCCAAAUGAGUGUUAGAGAUAUUGGUAAUCUGAAAUGUAACAGUAAUAAAAUCAACAGAAAAUGUUGUUUUAAUAAAUCUAAGUCUUUUGAAUCUUUCCCUUAAAGUGUGUCAUAGUACAUUCAACGUAUGUUCAAUUCAAAGACUAAAACGUAUUUCAUCUCUACAUUGUAAUAGCAGAGGAAGAAUUAAUUCCACUGAUAGUGUAAACAUACUGUAGCAUUGUUGAGUCUUGAAUAAUAUUUGACGUUCAUGACUUAACAAUAAAAAGACACACACCACCACUGACUUAGAAUGGAAGUAUUUAUUUUUGGCCUGGUUUUGCCUUUUAAACGAACACUAUAACCCUACAGAGGACUGUAAUGAUUUAGGUGCCAAAAGUGCCCUUACUACUCUCAGAGUAUGUAAUCAAACCAGUUUAGAAAGAUUUGACUUCUUAUCUGGGGCUCCCGGGAAUUGCUCCAUGCCUCCAUUUCUCCGACACGGAGAGCCGGUAGCUCCUGCUUAGGAUCUUCUGUUCGUUCUCCUGAGCUAAGCCUUGCACUUUUUUUGGUUUGCUAAAUGGAGUGAUUGGUACAUUGGGGACACUGGGAAGGACCUGUAUGCACUUCAGAUUUAUCAAUUGCUCCUAAUAUUGUCUCCACAAUGUUCCUUCUGUGCUAGUAAAUGCCAGGGAGGGGACUGCUCUCUUCCCAGAUGAGUUAGAAUAGUGAGUUAAUAAUGUUCCAAUUUAUUUGCGCAAUUCAUAUUGUGUCAAUCUACAUUUGGUUUUCUAAAGUUGUGAAUUCAUGUUUUUUGUUUUGUGCAUUUUCAUUGGCUAGUGUACACAUAGUUACUUGGUUAAUCUUUACCAAGCAUGCAGUUCUAGUUAGGGGAGGUGAUCUUCCUGACAUCAGUCUCUGUUUUUAUAUGUAAAAAGAUUACCGUUGUGUACAAAAAAUGUCAGUGUAAUCACUGCUGGAAAGAUGAAAAGCAGUUUUUUAUUAUCAGUUGAGGAUUUGGUAACCAUUUGUAAAUUGUGCUUUAUUUAUGCUAUAGUUCUGAAAUAGCACUCUUAUCCAGAGUGCCUUAAAAAGUAAUAAAAAAGGCUAUAGUUGUGUUUUGCAGACUGUGUGUUGUGGAUUUUACACUCCAAAAUAGUAAUCCAUCAUCAGAAUGCAAAAUACAUCACACCCUUAUUAGACACCUGAUUAUUCACCCUAGCUUUCUAGUAUCCUUUAUCUUUAUGAAAAUCACAAACUACCCGUAUCCCACAAGACAUCUAAUAGAUCUAACCAUUUAUUUAAAUAGUACAAAAAAGGAAUUUAAAAAAUGUUGGCAUGUUUAAGCUGUCUCAUUCCAUUUGGUGCCAUUGUUUAAAGGGAUGGUCUAAGCACCAUAACCACUACAGAGUGCUGUACUAGUUAUUUGUCACUUUCCUGUGUUCCCUGUAAGCCUCUGGUCUCUGGUUAUGAAAUCACUAAUUAUUAAUUUUUCUGCAAUAUUGCCAUCAAUUCUGCCUGUAUUUGAAUGUAAAUUACUUGGCAGAGGAGCACUUUUACAGCUAUAGACAGUUUUAUGUUUUUAAAACAAAUACCUGCUAUAACUAAAUAAGAUGUCCUCUUUCGAAAGACUAGGGUGAAUUAAUUCGUAUUUUUUUUUUUUUGUCUAUUACAUCCCAGGAACACGGCUAUAAUUGAAACCCGUAUUUAAUUUAUAAUAAUUUAGGAAUUACUUUUAGAAGAUUAUAGUAGUUUUACUAUCUGGUUUUGUUUUUGGCAACCACAAGGUGAUUCUAGAUAAACCUGUAUUAAUCAAGGCUGGGAAUAUGAAACCUAUGUAAAAUGUUAUCCAUUAAUUGAAAAAUAAACAUGGGUUUUUUUGUGGUAAUUUUCACUGUUUUGAGAGAUUUUAUCUUCUGUUUAAAUUGCCACCAGCUAUAUACUAAAAUUAGUAAGUUUAAUAAAAGAACAGUUCUGCUUAGCCCAUUUUGCAAUAAGAUUCCCAUUUUAGACCAUCAUGGUCAAGUUGUCCUUCACUGUAGGCAGCUUGAACUGUGUGUGGGCAGUAAUUGGAACAUUCAGAUUAGGCUGAUCUGUUUAAAUGUAAAUGGUUGUCACACAGUCUUGUGUGAAAAUGUCAUCUUGAGAAACCUGAUUUUAAUUUGCAUUUGCACCAACUUGUGUAAUUAAUUGCAACUAUAAAUAUGGUAUGAAUGACUCUGUUAAUGAAUUGUAGAUGUAAAUAGCAUUGUGAGUAAUGCCUUUAAAAUAUCACUUUAAUCCACCAAAUAUGUAAUGAGCCAGAUUUUCUGAAACUAAGCAAUACCAUUUCCACAGUUUAUUUUCAGAAUGUAAUAAUAAUUUUCAAAUAUAACCUGGCGUCUCAAUGUUACUAUCCAGCCUAGGGGUUAAUUUUCUGUUCAGCUUUAAAACCAGAAUAACUUGGAAAAUUAUUUACACUUGGAAAUCAGAAAAUCUUCUGAAACACUGUUCUGAAUUGUAAGUGUAACUUGCAGACUAGGGUAUGGGUUUUUCUUUCUUAUAUUUUCACAUUACGUAAGUGCUUGCUUAAAGGGACGCUGUAGUCACCAGAACAAUGAGUGCAACAAUGUUUGUAACUAUAACAUAUUAAAAAAAAAAAUCACUAUUAAAUUGAGAAAGAGAUACUCUUUCUCAUCCACAUGAUGUAUGGUGAGCACCCAAGACUUUGGGUGUACUAUGUUCCAUAUGUACAGUAUGUUGUGAAAAUCACUGUAGGUUGGGUACUAGGUAAAUAGUGUCUACCCUUUUCGCCAUCCUUUUUGUGUAGUGAGAUGGAGGGAACUAAAUACUAAAUGUGGCCAAUCCUGCCUUUUUGUCAACCUCAGGUUUACCAUAAGACUAAAUAGUCUGUACUUAGGAAAUCUAAAGGUGUGGAUAUUUUUUUGUUAAUCUACUUGUCCAAGGAACUAAAGUGCUAGUCUAAUCUACUUAUCUUGACUUAUCUACUUAUCUGAAUUUGGUCCGGAUUUCAGUUCAAAUGCUGCACCUGAAUGGCCAGUGCUUGCUAGCCAACCACCACAACAAAAUAAAAGUAAAUGAAAGUAAAAAGAAUGAAAUAAUAUUAAAUAAAUAAAAAAACCUAUGCAGGGCAAUAAGACACAGAUAUUACUAUAAUAGAAAAAAUAUACACCGCACCCAGUCGCUAGAUGGUACUUGUAAAAUAAAGGGUGGGGAGACAUCAGGUAUGGUUUAGUCUAACUUCAGGGGGGAGGAGGGGGGGCAGGGGGGGUAGACAACAAAGUCUCAAAUGAAGUAAGACUUAUUUUAAGAUUUGGCUGUUAGAAUGCCCUGAUUGGUUGACUUAGUAGUUCUAACUUGGAUUGCAAAGUGUGGGAAAUAUUCCUACACCUUGCAAAAGCUUAUAUAAGGGCUUUUCUCGUAAUCAUCACCCAGUCUGCGGUGAGCCCACCUUGGGUGAAGAUGGGGUACUUUUAUUUGCGAUGCGUUUGUUUUUUCAUUUCUGGCAGGAUUUUUUAUUUAAAUUUUUUCCGAUUCAAGUAUUUUACAAUUUUUAUUAGCUGCGUAGGGAAUUAUGGAUUUGUACUUGGCAUUUUGGGGCUAAAGAACAGAAGAAUUAGAAGAAGAAAGAAUAAUGGUAAGUAUACAUUUUUUGACAGGUUUUAAGAUUUAUUGCCUUUUACAUUCUUAUUGGGAUGAGGGGUAGUAGGUAGAGACUUGGAUUUAUUUUAGGCGGCAUGGCUAGGGGAUUGGGAUCCCUUAGCCACCCAAGGAGAUUGACAUAAAACUAUUUUGGAGGGUGGCAUGUCACCCCCCCCCCAAUUGUAUAAUUACAGCCCCCGUCUAUGGGGACUGAGGGCACUAGGUCCUCCCACAGAUUUUAUUAAUAUUAGGGCUCCCACCCAUCAACCAGUGUAUAGAGGCAGUAAGUCACAGAGCAGGGUUACCAAGUGCUGAGGCGCAAGGUGUGUAAAAGUCACAAACGCUCUGCUGAUUCCAUAGCUGAAGAGUUUUCCCUGGCAUUAAUAUCAGCACAAAAACUGUGGGGUGCAUCAUGGAAUGGGUUUUCAUGGCCGAGCAACUGCAUGCAAGCCUCACAUAACCAAGCACAAUGCCAAGCAUCGGAUCGAGUGGUUUAAAGCGUGCCACUACUAAACUCUGGAGCAGUUAUAACAUGUUCUGUGGAGAGAAGAAUCACGCUUCUCUGUUGGGCAGCCUGAUGGGUGAGUCUGGGUUUGGCAGAUGCCUGGUAGAGGCAGUGUUAUGCUCUGGGCAAUGCUGGGUCUUGGCAUUCAUUUGGAUGUUACUUUGAAACAUACCACAAACCUAGCAAUUGUUGCAGACCUCAUGCAUCCCUUCAUGCCAGAGGUUUUCCCUGAUGGCAUUGUUCUCUUUUUUAGCAGGAGAAAAUGCUCCCUGCCACACUGCAAAAACUGUUCACUAUAGGUUUGAGCAACACGAAAAAGAGUUCAAGGUUUUGCCUUGGCCUCCAUAUUCACCAGAUCUCAAUCUGAUUGAGCAUCUGUGGGAUGUGCAGGAAUAACAUCCAUUCCAUAGAGGCCCCACCUCGCAGCUUGCACAACUUAAAGGAUCUGCUGCUAAUGUUUUGGUGCCAGUUACCACUGGACAUGUUCAGAGAUUGAAGUCCAUGCCUCGAAUUAUCAUAGCUGUUUUGACAACACGUGGGGAGCCUAUACAAUAUUAAGCAGGUGGUUUUAAUAGCAUGUCUGACCAGUGUACGUGCGUAUAUGUAUAUAUGCACAAUACAUGCAAAAUUCCCAUAAAUUGAGUCAAAUUAUUGAAUUUUUUAUCAAAAUUUGUCCAUCUAACGGAACCCUACAUACACACUUUAUUUGCAAUACACAAUGCAAUACACGGUUACUGACUCACAUACUGUGCAUUUUGAGACACACACACACACACACACACCAAUGUACACUGCACACUCUGACACACGUACCCACAAACACAUAAUGACUUAUAUACACACUCCAUAGUCAAACACUGACUCAUUUACACACAAUUUCCAUCUGAUCCACAUACUAUGCAGUACCAUUGCAUCUUUCACAUUAACAGCAGCUUUUAUGGUACAUCACUUGGUCUGCAUGUUGUCACCCUCACUUCUCUGUCCUCUGUGCAGUGUCUUCUGUCCCCAGCCUGCAUCCAUUUUCUUUAGCAUUGUUUUUUACUUAAAGGGACAUGCAUUACUUUGAGACAACUUAUUCAAAAGCAUUAGCUAUGAAUUACUCAAUUGCCUCACUCUGCAGGCUGAAAAAAGCAGGUAAAUAUAAAAAGUGGAUUUUUUAUUUUAUGUUUACUGCUUUUUCUUUCUUACGCUUUCCACACCCACAGUGUCCUAUCCCUAAGAAUGCUCGAAAUGCCUGACAGAUUUUCACAUAUGCAGUUGAUAAGAUCUCUUUACUUUGCAACAUCCAAAUGGGGAGGUGUAAUUAGUGUAAUGGUCUGAAAUUGAGAUUAGUUAGUAAGGGGGAGAAGGAAAAAAAUCCCUAUCUGAGAUGUGUGCCUAACAAUGCAAUCUAACCAGGUUUUUAGUAAGUUUAUAAAUAUUUAUUACUUUUCAAGGUUUUUCUUGCUUUUUUUGGGUUGUAUAUAUGUUUAAAUGCAUUUGCUUGCUUGUUUGUACAUUUGAUUGUCAAAUGAUGCAUGUCCCUUUAACAUUUGUACUUUCCAGUUUUUAGCCCCGUGUUAAUUUUUUUGCAGUACAUUGAUAGUAUAAUCGUGUUGAGAGCAAUUGUAGCACUCACUAGAAAUGGCAAAAUAUAUGCGAUUUACGUGCGCUUGCUUUCUUACAGAGUUAUUCACUAAAGUGUAUAUUCAAAGUAAUUUUAAUUAAGCAAAGCUAACUUAGAAAAUAUUUAGAAAAUGUCCAGUAUUUUGACCUUAAAUCUGACAUUCAUGUUGAAUUCUCACUUUGUGAAUAACCCUCUUAGUAAUUGUGUAUCUACUAUGCUUCUCCGAUUUCAGCAGUUCUAUUGGGAUAUGACCAAACAUGUGGGUAAGCUUGCAUGGAAAAUUCCCUUAUUCUUGUUAUAAAUGUUACUGGUAGCUUUAGACUCCAAAGCAAGCAAUGGUUUGAUAUUAAAUGUAUUUGCAUGCACAGGAAAAUAUAGCUCAAAAUCAAUUUAUUUUUGCAGAAGUAAAGCAUUCCAUAUUAUUGUGAGACUGUUGCCUGCCAUGUAUACCCACAGGAAUUGCAUGACAAGACAAGCUAGAAGCAGAAUUAUAACUAGAUUUGACUGCAAGCCAGAUGUUUAUAGUAAUCUUUAAUAAGAGUUAGGUGCAGACUUGUCCACCAUCUGUAGCUUGAUGUUCUCUGGCCAAUUGGAAUAGCUAUUUGCAAUUAUUUAUUAGUAGAACUUUGUUUUGUAACAUUGCUUAUGCAGCAAAUAGCAGAAAUUGUAUUUAUAAGUUAUCUUUUUUUGGAGUUCAAAUGACGGAAAUUCAUUUGUUUUUAAAUAUUUUGUAGCUUUUGGUUUCUAAAGAAAUGAAAAAAAAGCACUAGUGUUUUGAAUACAUUGAAUGAAUAAUACGGUAUAUAAUUUUUUUUUUUUUUAUUGUACCUAUUUUAUAUAGCACUAAUUUUUUUAGGGUUAGAUAUAUAUUAAAGUUAUAAUUUACAAGGUUAUUUACAAAACAAAAUUAUGAAAUUUUGACUACAUAAUUAAUUUUUUUUUUUUUUUUUAAAUAUGGAUUUCCCUUGACAAUUUCUAGGUUAGUGAAAACCCUAAUUAGUGCUUAGUGGGGAAGCUAGACUUCUCCAAAGUACUUAAAGGACCACUUUAGGCACCCAGACCACUUCAGCUCAAUGAAGUGGUCUUGGUGCCAGGUCCCCCUAGUUUUGAACCCUGCAGCUGAAAACAUAGCAGUUUCAGAGAAAUUGCUAUGUUUACGCUGCCAGGUUAAUCCAGGCUCUAGUGGCUGUCUCCCUGGCAGCCACUAGAGGCACUUCGCGAUUUACACUGAGUAAAUCACACUUAUUUGAUGCUGGACAUCCUCACGGAAUCCAGCGUCAAAAAAGAUCCCCAUAGCAUUGACUAAUGCUUUCCAAUGGGCGGGUUUGAAUGCACACACGCCUCUGACCGUGCAUGCGCAUUCGGCUCCACUCUGGAACUAACAUGGCGCUGGAUUAAGGUAAGCAACUAAAUGGUUAAUUAACUAUAUAUUCGCCGUAGAACAGGGCCCUAGUCAUCAUUUAGGUCACUAGGGCUCUAUAGCGUUGGGAAUACAUAUUUGUAUUUCUUUUUUUUUUUUUGACAUUCUUUAUUUAAGUUUUUCAAUAUUCAAUCACAGCAUGUAUAUCCAAUAUAAAUUAACAUGUGGUAACAUAUAAACUGGUCAGUUAUGUGUAUUACAGCAUCAAGAUAGUUUCAUCUACUGGAUAAUAAAUUAUAUUUGAGUAUUUGGCUUCAUUAUAACGGUGAGCGUUCUUUUGUGUUGUGUUCUGUCGUUAGCCCUGUAUGGGGUUAGUCCCCUCUGUGGUCGGGUGCGAAUGGAGUUUGUGGUUGCUCCUCAAGAUUCGUGUGAGUUUUCGGGUGGGUUGUUUCAACCGCUCUGUGUUGUGCUCGUGGGUCAGAGGGUGAGUUGUACAACCCUGCAUUGGUAUCUGAGCUUCCUCAUUUGUAGGUUGGAUCCCAAUAGAGAGGUUGGCUCAGUGCAAGGUUUCCCCUCACUUACUUAUUGGGUCUAGUGUGACCUAUGGUACUUAAGAGGUGUGGUAGUCUCCGUCUAUGUGUGGUGCAGUUCAUCUUUGUCCCCAGCCUCGUACAUGGUGCUUUGUUCGUGUUUCUAGUGCCAGGUUGAUGGAUAUAGAGCUUUGUCCCAAUCCGUGUUAUGUCUGUCUACGUGUGUCCUUCUUUGGGGGGGUACCGUCUGGGGCUUUGUAUGGGGGUCCAGUCUGGUUCGUGUUUGAUUUGUGUGUUGGUUUAGGUCGUAAUGAGCCUGAUGUGGAUGGGCUCAGCCUUAAAUCAUGAGGGGGCCAAUUAUUUUGCCCCUGUGACCGUGAAGUUACCCCCUAGUUUCCCUGAGUCGAUCUGUUUUAGGUUUUCCCUGGGGGUGGUUGACCUGGGUUGUCCGUAGGCGCAGCUAGUAUAUGUAGGGUUAUCCUGUGAUGUCUUGUUCUGUCGUUGUGCGGUGUGUGGGGUCUGUGUCAGAUGCCGUUUCGUCACCUCAGGCCCCUGGUUUGAGUCGCUCGUGUGGUGGGUGUGAUCAUAUCAUCCCUGGGGCAUGUAGCACGGUCCCCGUGACUCUUCUGGAUACCUAAUUCUAGGUUGUUAUCUCUUAUCUUGGGUCUCGCUGGGUUCGCUGUGUGUGUGGGGUUAUGUAUGCCACCUGCCGCAGCCCCAGUUGUUAGUUGGCGUGGUCAGGGCCGGGUGCUACUGGCUCCGGUCGUGGCUUCUUGUGUCUGGGGUGGGGGUGAGUCCAUGUUCCUUGCGUCCCGGUCUCUCUCUUCCCUCCGUCCCCUAGUGUAUUGGUCCAUAUGUCGCUCUAGCGGGUCACUCCUCCCCUCCCGUGACCCAUGGUCCUCCGUCUCUGUCUCUGCUUACUCAUUGAUUCCGCUUUGUGCGGAGCCUUAAGUCGGUCUGCGUGCCCCCGGGGGUUGUGUCCCUCCGGGUCUUUUGUGUGUCUAUGUGUCAUGUGGUUGGAGGGGUGGGGGGUCGCGUAGGAAGUGUGUCUCCGUCGUGCUGAGGGUGCAAUCUACUCGUCUGGCACUGCCUGUGUCUGUGCAGAGCUCUGUUGGGUGGGUUGUGUUAGUGCGGGGGCGCCGUCCCUCUCCACCGGGUCUCGUCCUCUCGUCCGUUUCGAUGUGUAGUCUAUCCAUGGGUACCACGCCAAAGCGCAUUUUUCCUGGCGUCCCUGCAGGGAGGCUGUCAUCAUCUCCAUGUUAUAUAUCAUCUCCACCCUAUCUACCCAUUGUUGCAGGGUUGGAAUUGUCGAGCUUUUCCAAUGGAGUGGGAUGAGCGACUUCGCUGCCGUGAGUAGGUGUAUGAGGAUUCCUCUCUUGUAGAUCUUCACCGGCGUACGCGUGUGGUUGAGAAGCAGUGGCAUGGGUUGGAAUGGGACGUCUGAGCCCGUGAUGUCUUUGGUCGUCUGAUGUAUCAUCCUCCAGAACGGUUCGAUACGUGGGCAUGUCCACCAGAUGUGAAUGCUGGUUCCUAUUCCUGUGCCGCAUCUCCAACAUUCGUUUGAAAUUGACUCAUGCACGUGCUGCAGGAUAUCUGGCGUCCGGUACCAUCCUGUUAGAAUUUUGUAGUUGCAUUCUUGGAACUUGGAGCUGAUGGUCCCCCUGUGUGUUAGUUGAAAGAUUUUGAGCCAUUCCUUUUCCGUGAGUUCCAUCCCGGUCUCUCUUUCCCAUCGCGAUGUGAAGCCUAGGGGGCUCUUAUCACCGUCGCUUAGCAGCGCGGUAUAGAGGUGUGAGACUCCAUGUGAGAGGUGUUGUCUGGCCGUGCAUAGAUGUUCCAUCAUCAGCAAUGGGCGGUGUAGGUGGCCUUUACCCGCAAUGCCGUCGAGGUAUGUUUUCACUUGGUGAUAUCGGAAUGUGUCUAGGCCACUGGGCCUACGGUCCUGCAUCAGCGUUGCCAGGGGUUUGAGCGUCGUCCCGGAGUUCCAUUGGCUAGCGUAUACCCAGUCCGUUGCUCCGAGAUUUUUCAGGUCUGCCGUGCUUAGCCCUCCCGCUAGCCUCGGAUUUUGUGUUAUUGGUGUGAGUGGGUUGGGCGAUGUCGUGAGGUUUUUGGAGUAACGUAUCCUACACCACACCUUCAGCGUGGCGUCGAUCAUUGGGUUCCCGGUAAGUAGUUCCUUGGGUGGUGCGUCUCCCAGCCAUAGCAUAGCGGGGAUUCGUCCCUGGGCUUGGUGUUUCUCCAGGUCUACCCAUUGCUUUGUACUGGGGUUUGCAUGCCAAUCAACCAGUCUGUGCAGAUGGGUAGCGUGGUAAUACGUGAGGAUGGACGGCAAUCCCAUACCUCCUUCUCCUCUAGGGCGUUCAAGAAUCGCUCUUCGGAUACGCGCUGGUUUUUGGUUCCAGACGAAGUUCCUGACUGCGGUCGUCAGGGUCUGAAAAAAUGCCCUCGGGAGGUACGUUGGUAGUGUCUGGAACAGGUAUAAUAAUCUGGGCAUAAUGUUCAUCUUUACGGCACUGAUGCGCCCAAACCAAGAGAUGUACAGAGGUGUCCAGCGUUUCAUGUCUUGCUGUAGGGUGGUGAGCAGGGGCGCAAAGUUCAGUCGGUAGAUAAGUGUCAAAUCUCUCGGGAGCCACACCCCAAGGUAGUGUAGCUUGGCUGUGGAGAUCUUGAAGGGGAAUUGUGCUUGGAUGUGUCGUUGGAGGAUGUUGUCCUGUGCGAGCAGCAGUAUCUCUGACUUAUCUAGAUUAAGCGUCAAGCCGGAUACCUCCUUGUAUUGUCGAAACGCCUCCAGGAGAUGUGGGAGGGAGGUUCUGGGUUGCUCCAGGAAGAAGAGCAUGUCGUCAGCGUAAGCCGCUACCCGGUGUUCUCUUCCUCCUAUGCUGCACCCCGUGAUACCCCUGUCCUGUCUGACCGCCUCCAAGAAGGGCUCCAGGGUGAGGGCAAACAGGAGUGGGGACAGGGGGCAGCCCUGUCUCGUGCCGUUAUGUAUAUCAAACGGGUCAGUCAGUGCUCCGUUUAUUCUUAUGCGGGCUGUGGGCGAGGUGUAUAGAGCCGUUAUCCAGGUCCGCAGGUGUGGACCGUAUCCCAAAUGUCGUAGGGUUUCCGACAUAUAGACCCAGUCCACCCUGUCGAACGCUUUUUCAGCGUCAGUGGAUAGUAGGACCAUUUCCUUUUUGCCCGUUUUAGCGGUAUGGAUGGUGUUGAGGGCUCGAAUAGUGUUAUCUCUGGCUUCUCUUCCGGGGAUAAACCCCACUUGGUCCGGGUGCACCAGAUCCGGAAGCGUCCGGGCCAUCCUGAGUGCCAGUGCCUUAGCGAAGAGUUUGAUGUCCGCGUUUAUCAGAGAGAUGGGCCUGUAGCUGGCGCAGAUUGUUGGGUCUUUACCCUCUUUGGGUAUUAUUGCCACGGUUGCUCCCAGGGUGUCUCUGUGGAAUUGGCCUCCAUCUCUGAUUGAGUUGAUGCCUAUCAGAAGUUUGGGCAGCAGGGUGUCUUUGAAGGAGCGUAGGUACGAGACUGGUAGACCGUCUGGGCCCGGGGCCCUGUGCGCUUUAGUUGAUUUCAGUGCGCCAGAUAGUUCCUCAAUCGUCAAGGGCAUUUCGAGUUCCGCCUCCUGGUCCGGGGUAAGCUGACGGGAGAUGUGGUUCUGAAGGUAUGUGGUUAUCCGUUCUCGAUGGCUACCUAUGUCUCUGUCGUGGUGGAGUCGUGGUUGGUUAUAUAACGCCGCAUAGUAUUCCCGGAACGCUGACAGUAUGCCGUCCGGGAGGCAGGUUGUGUCUCCACUGCUCGUGCGUAUCUUGUGAACGUGUUGCGCUUUCCUUCUGUCUUGUAGCAUCCUAGCUAGCAACCUACCACUUUUGUUCGAGUGUUCAUAAUAAUACCUGGAGGCCUUCCUCGCGGUGUGUAGGAGUCCUUGUGAUAGUAUGGCUUUCAGCUCCCUUCGUGCUUCCGUCAGGCGGAGGUAUGUGCUGUCUGCGAGGUCCGUCUUGUGUUCCCCUUCUAGGUCAGCUAUCCGGUCUAGCAGUGUUGUGAUACGUCGUGUUCGUUCCUUCUUGCGUUUGGUGCCUAUGGCGAUGAAAUGUCCCCGUAUGACGCAUUUGUGAGCUUCCCAUAUCGUUAACGGUGGCGUCUCCGUAUCUUCGUUGGUGUUAAAGUAUUCAGUUAAGGUUUGAGCAGUCACCCUCUUACACUCUGCAUCGUCCAGUAGGGAUUCAUUCAGUUUCCAGUGUCUUUCGCGGGGUUUAUAUAGUGGGGAGCUUGUGCGGAUCGUCAGUGGUGCAUGGUCUGUGUGGUCCAUUAUGCCUAUUCGUGCGUCGUGGAGGAGGUUGAGGUAUUCCUGGGCCAGGAAUAUAUAGUCUAUGCGACUGUAAUUUUUAUGGACUGUCGAAUAAUGGGUGUAGUCUCUACCUUCAGGGUUACAUGCCCUCCAACAAUCCACCAGGCCGUGUUUAUGUAUAGCUCGUAGUGCUGCUCGUAUGCAGUGCGCCGGGAUCGUGGUUUGUCCUCUGGAGGUGUCUGUGCGGGGGUCCAGUGGUAAGUUGAGGUCACCUGCCAUGACCAAGAGGCCGUCUCUGAAUUUCUCCAAUUUGGCUAGCGUCCGAGCCAGGAAUGUAUGCUGCUUUCUAUUCGGGCCGUAGAGGCAUGCGAAGGUAUACAUGUGUUCCAUGAUUGUACCCUUAAUGAAAAGGAAUCUGCCGUUCGGGUCAGCCUGCGUUGCUAUAUGUUGGAACGGCGUCGUCUGUGCAAAGAGUAUUGCCACACCAGCCCUCUUAGCGUCCGGGUGGUUCGCGUAGAAUCCCUGCGGGUAGCGUCUGUUCUCUAGUUUGGGGGCGUCCAGUCCUCGGAGAUGAGUCUCCUGCAGGAACGCCACGGAGGCUCUCACGGCCCAUAGGCGCCUUACCAGGUGCGCGCGCUUUUCAGGUGUGUUAAGCCCCUGAACAUUAUUGGACCAGUAUGUCAGUUGGGCCGGGACAAAUCCUCGCGAGGCGUCCAUCCCGGCGGCAGGGCGGCGUCCCCGCAGCGUUGUCUGUAUGAUGUAAAGGUGGUGAGUGUGGGGGGGUCUGUCUGUCUGUGGAGGUGAUGUGAACGGUCUGGCGUGUCUUCUAGGUGUGCGGGUGUGACUCUGACCCUGUACCGGGUGUAUUCGUUCUCGAGCCUGGUGGGUAACCUUAGCGACGAGAACGCCGGUGUAAUGUACAGUGUGGGUCUGUCUCAGUGGGGGUUCCGUAUGGUCACUUACAGUGAAGUCGGUCUCGGAUCUGAGUGAGGUUGGUUCUCUCCCCUCUCCAUCGGCACCCAACCUGUAAGGGUGUGUGCAAUCGCCAUGUUUGCCUACUCUAGCCUAGGGGUCCGCAGUAUUCGCCCGGGACUUAGAGUGUCGGUCGGGCUGUGGUGUCCUGUACCGCAGUACCGAGGUCUGGGAGCGGAUAAGCCUACCGGUCCUGUCGGCAUUAUGGUCAGUGGUACCCGUGGGUCCCCCCGUCACGGUCGGCUCUCCUGGCUUCCCGGUCUUAAUGGCCGGGUGCUGUCAGGGGAUUCGACUGGUUUUGUCUGCCGGGCACCCCGGGGCCCUCCGUGACUGCCCUCCCCCGCCUGGCAACUUACAGUUCGUUGGCUACAGGUCAGCGUGUCUAGGGUGUUAGGGCGCUGUUUGGGGGUAGUCAGUCCUACAAGUGUUGGGCUGCAUUGUGAGGCCACCCUAUGGGCGUGGCUCGCCAGCUCCCACGUUUGCGUCCCUCCAGAGGGGCUGGUUUGGGACGUGGUCUCUCCCUGCACCCAGAAUUUCCGUCAUGAUAGUUAUCUGCGUGCCUGGGCUUUCGUAGUGGGGAGUACCAACAUGGCGUCUUGCUUGUCUCAGUGAGGCAGAUUGUGUGUGGUUGUUCCCUCAUGUGAGUGGCUGUGAUGUGUGUUGGGUGAUAUAAACGGAACCGUGUAUAACUAAACAACAUGAACAAGAAGUGCCCGGCUUUGUCCCAGCCCCCCUCCCAGCUCUAGCCCCGUGUGCCCGCAUGUCCCGUUGCCCUCGCCCUCCCGCAGCCCCCCCUCAGCUCUGGUCCGUGAGCAGCGGUGUGCUAGAGCAGCCUGUUCAGUUCAGCAGUCUUGACCCAGGUUGUGACCCGGGUGAUGGUGUCGGUGUCCAGACCCCUUGCACCCUGCCCAUCAUCCCCUCCCCACCUACGGGGUAUGUCCCCCUUGUUGCCCCGGGUGUGUGGGUUUGCUGAUGGGGCCCUAGCUCCCGGCCGCUCCCCGAAAGUGGCUUCAUUUCCCUCCCCACCUGUCUGCGGCCUUCCUCCCUGUCUACUAGCUAAUGCAAGCAGGCAGCGGACUUAAAAGUACAUACCCCUGCCGUGGUGUCAUCGGAUCUGCAUGGCGUCCAUAAUCAUAGCUGGGGUAAGCUCAGGAGGCAAUGUCCUGAUCUGGCAUGGGAUGACCCAGGGGGGGCCACUGGUCCGUGCGGCGUGGGGGCCUCUAUUCCUCAGGGCCUAUUGGGCCGCCUCUGCGUCUUGGUGGUCCAGGCUCCAGGUGGAUGUUGUGUGCCACUUCAGAUGGGCCUGUGGCUCGCGCCGGGGGUUCCUCCAGGAUCCAGUUUGGCACUGAGAUAGCAGGUAAGUUGGCGGUUCUUAAAAACCGUGGUACGUCGUUCGGCCAGCGGAUGAUGUGCCAUACGUUUCCCAUCCGGGCCUGCAGGCUAAAUGGAAAUCCCCAUUUGUAUGGAAUUCGUCGCUCCUGAAGUGCUCUGGUGAGAGGCCGCAGGGCCCUGCGGGCAUCUAGGGUGAUGGUAGAUAAGUCCUGGUAAAGGGAUAUUUGUGCUUCCAUGUAAGUGAUGUGCUGCUGUGCACGUGCUGCCCGCAUUAUAGAUUCUUUUAGCGGGAAUGACAGGAGGGCGCAAAUCAUGUCUCUUGGCUGCCCGUCUCUUCUGGGGGCGCGGAGUGCCCUGUGGGCCCUUUCGAUGCCGAAGUCGCCAGGAGCUGCAUCUCCUAGUAGUUGCGCAAAUAGGCCAUUCAGGAUCUCCUGCGGUAACAUAUUUGUAUUUCUAAUGCUAUAGUGUUCCAUUAAGUGGAUAGGGUCACUAAAAAGAUCCUUUACAUUUUCAAGUGGGCAGUUGUACCCGGGUCCUGUGUAAUUUAGUAACAUCUUAUAACUGAAUUCAGAUGUAGUUGCAACAUAUGAAUGUACAGUAAUGUUCUUAAUUUACAUUUUCAGCACAAUUGAUUGGCCCUGAAACUACAAAAAAAAAAUUCCUGUGAAUUUUUCCUGUUUACAAAUAGGCUAAUGUGGCGCGUGUAAGUAAUAUUUUCUAUAUUCUACAUAAACAUUUACUGCAAUUUUCAACUAAAAAUACUUUUACUAUUGUGCAUUUAAAAGACACAUCUGAAAAGUAAUAGUUUAUUACAUUUAUCAAAACUUUGACAAGUUGGUCUUUACACAACCAAAACAAGAAAAACACAUACAUCUUUUGCAAGGAUUCUACAUGAUGCCAACUAAAGUGUCAUAUUGACUGAACUUACAUAAGUGUAUUAAGUGUUCUAAACAAGAAGUAAUCUCAACGUGUAGUAUAAUAUUAUGUAAUUGGCGAUGAAAUAUUUCUCGCAAGCAGAGCUUCACCACUUAAACUAUGGCAUUUAGUGUGUGUUUCUUUCGCUUGUGGGGCUUAGUAACUGUUUCAGAAAUGUUGCAUUUAAUCACACUUCGCAACUAGCAACAAAGUAUAACUGUAUCAGUCCUGACUUGGAAUUUAUUCAAGACUAGAAAAAAAUCCCCUCAGAGCUCAUUAUCUAGGGCGGUGUUUCCCAACUGGGGUGGUUUUCAAUGUGUGUAACUGUGUAUGUCAGUGUGUAUCUGUGUCAAUGUAUCUGUCAGUGCAGUGUGUGUAUGUGCAAUGUGCCCGUUUGUGUACCUGUGUGUCAAGGUUUGUAUCUGCUAAUGUGUGUGUGUGUCUGCCAGUGUGUAUAUUUGUGUCAGUGUGUAUGUGUCAAUGUGUGUUACUGUGUUUCUAUGUGUUAGUGUGUAUAUGUGUGUAUGUGUUGCGUAAGUAUGUAUGUGGCAGUGCAUGUGCAGACAUCCCAGCAAUCAAACACCAACACAACACACACUCCUGCAAACGCAAACAUGACAUACAAAGACACCCCUGAACUCUAACUCUAAAAUUAUAUACAAACACUCAAACACCAAUAGUACACACAAAUGAACAUCCGCAUUUAUCCAACACUACAUCCAAACACACCUCUGCAUGCAAAUGCACACACCUGCUUCUAAGUACAUUAGUGUAUAUAAAGCAGAAAACAAAAUUUGCGGGGGAAAAAAACCUUACGUGCUGCUUAUUAAAAUGUUUAUGCUACAGCGCAAAACAUUUUUGACAGGUGUUGGGGCUCCACGAUGUCGAUAUACUAGGUAAAUUUUUCCACAGGAAAAAUUAAUUGGGAACCCUUGAUCUAGAUGAUUUGUUGACCAAGAACACUCAUAAUCAACAUUCAUGGCCAUUGGCCUCCUCGAUUCCCGCACUAUCUUUCAAUUCCGUAUGCCCGGCAAAGUCACAAAACGUAAUCUGUUUUGCAUAAAAAACUAUGGAUUGAACACUGCUUGAUUUGGUAACUCCCCUCCUCCUUCCCCUUAAGAAUGGCAUUGGAAACACAAGGGCAAAGAAGCAGGUAGAUAUGAAUAAAAAUAAAUUAUAUUUAUCUGCUUUUUCAGACUGUCUCAGAAUGAGACACAUGUCUGAUUUAAAGCAUAUCUUUUAAAUUAGACUUUUUUUUAAAUGGAUGCAUGUCCCAUUGGUGCAGAAUAGCUUAUUUUGACUAUAGUCACAGCUGUUUCAACCUAAAUAAAGCAAUUUGUUUUUUAAAUACAUUACAGUUUAUGCAUUUUGAUAAAUAAGCUUCAGUACAUAAAGAUUCUUAGACACAAGCAAACACAACUCAAAUUGUGUUCACCAGUGAGCUAUUUCUGCCCAUGUAGUCUCAUUAUAUCUUUGUGAGUACUUUUGUUAACCUCCACAAUUAUUCUUGGUGCUUAGUGUUGCUAGUACACUAUUGAAGGACUACAGUGCCAUAGAUUAUUCAGGAGACCAAUUUAUUUUAAAGUAAAAACACCUCAGGGCAAUGCUGUUUGUAUGCAAACAUUUCUUCGGUUCAUAUUACGGGCAUAUUUGAUACAUGAAUGCAGUUUAAUCAACUCAAGUAUUUUGCUACCACAAAAAAAAUCUUAAAAAGGGUAAAAAAAUUUUUAUUAUAUAGCUCAUAAUUUUAAAUAGUGAAUUCAGUUAAACACAGGGCUAAUUAAAUAGUUCUAUUUUUUUUCAGGGCUGCGCAUAAAUAUAUGUAGUAGUCUGUGUGCAGUGGCCCUGUAGUUUUAGUCCUGCAAUGCUGUAUAGAUACAGCAAUGUUUUCAUUGCAGAGUUAAGCGCACUUAUAGUGGCUGUCAUCUGCAGCAAUAACAUAGAAACAUAGAAUGUGACGGCAGAUAAGAACCAUUCGGCCCAUCUAGUCUGCCCAAUUUUCUAAAUACUUUCAUUAGUCCCUGGCCUUAUCUUAUAGUUAGGAUAGCCUUAUGCCUAUCCCACACAUGCUUAAACUCCUUUACUGUGUUAACCUCUACCACUUCAGCUGGAAGGCUAUUCCAUGCAUCCACUACCCUCUCAGUAAAGUAAUACUUCCUGAUAUUAUUUUUAAACCUUUGUCCCUCUAAUUUAAGACUAUGUCCUCUUGUUGUGGUAGUUUUUCUUCUUUUAAAUAUAGUCUCCUCCUUUACUGUGUUGAUUCCCUUUAUAUAUUUAAAUGUUUCUAUCAUAUCCCCCCUGUCUCGUCUUUCCUCCAAGCUAUACAUGUUAAGAUCCUUUAACCUUUCCUGGUAAGUUUUAUCCCGCAAUCCAUGAACCAGUUUAGUAGACCUUCUCUGAACCCUCUCUAAGGUAUCAAUAUCCUUCUGAAGAUACGGUCUCCAGUACUGUGUACAAUACUCCAAGUGAGGUCUCACCAGUGUUCUGUACAAUGGCAUGAGCACUUCCCUCUUUCUACUGCUAAUACCUCUCCCUAUACAACCAAGCAUUCUGCUAGCAUUUCCUGCUGCUCUAUUACAUUGUCUGCCUACCUUAAGUCAUCAGAAAUAAUCACCCCUAAAUCCCUUUCCUCAUAUGUUGAGGUUAGGACUCUAUCAAAUAUUCUGUACUCUGCCCUUGGGUUUUACGUCCAAGGUGCAUUAUCUUGCACUUAUCCACAUUAAAUGUCAGUUGCCACAAUUCUGACCAUUUUUCUAGUUUACCUAAAUCAUUUGCCAUUUGGCUUAUCCCUCCUGGAACAUCAACCCUGUUACAUAUCUUAGUAUCAUCAGCAAAAGACAUACCUUACCAUCAAGACCUUCUGCAAUAUCACUAAUAAAAAUAUUAAAGAGAAUGGGUCCAAGUACAGAUCCCUGAGGUACCCCACUGGUGACAAGUCCAAGCUUCGAAUAUAUUCCAUUAACUACAACCCUCUGUUGCCUGUCACUCAGCCACUGCCUUACCCAUUCAACAAUAUUGGAAUCCAAACUUAAAGAUUGCAGUUUAUUGAUAAGCCUUCUAUGUGCAACAGUGUCAAAAGCCUUACUGAAAUCUAGGUAAGCAAUGUCUACUGCACCACCCUGAUCUAUAAUUUUAGUUACCCAAUCAAAAAAAUCAAUAAGAUUAGUUUGGCAUGAUCUCCCUGAAGUAAACCCAUGUUGUCUCUGAUCUUGAAAUCCAUGUGUUUUUAGAUGUUCAUCAAUCCUAUCCUUUAACAUGGUUUCCAUCACUUUCCCCACUACUGAAGUAAGGCUUACUGGCCUAUAGUUGCCCGACUCCUCCCUAUUACCUUUCUUGUAAAUGGGCACAACAUUCGCUAACUUCCAAUCUUCUGGGACUUCUCCUGUUAACAAUGAUUGGUUAAAUAAAUUUGCUAGUACACCACUAAGCUCAGUGUUAGAAGUUGUUCUUCAUUCAUUACUUCUCACAGAGAUCUUGUGAUUGGAGGAGUGCAGGGUUUCACGCACAUGUGCUUCUUGUCUCCAGUGCUUUGUUAUGAGAAGCAUUGAAUUGGAGUGUGCCCGCUGACAAAAAGAGGUGGAGCAGGCAGCAGCAAAAGGCACGUGAGCAAAAUAUGCUUAAAUAGCUUUUUUCAAAAUAUAAGUGGAUGGGCAGAGGUCAUGGUAAAACAAAUUUAUUUUUAGGACUAUAGGUUCCUUUAAAGGAUCACUAUAGGGCCGGAGCACAAACAUGUAUUCCUGACCCUAUAGUGUUAAAACCACCAACUAGCCCCCCUGGGCCCCUCAUGCCUCCAUAAAUAUAGCAGAAUCUUACUGUAUUCAAGCCUGAAGCUGUAGAUCUGCAUGCGGUUUGCCUCAGAAAAACAAGCUGUCUGCUGACAUCAUCAGAAGUGGUGGCCUGAUCCAAUCUCAAUGCUUUCCCAUAGGAUUGGCUGAGACUGACAAGGAGGCAGGGGCAGAGCCAGCAUGAUUCAAGCACAGCCCUGGCCAAUCAGCAUCUCCUCAUAGAGAUGAAUUGAAACAAUGAAUCUCUAUGAGGAAAGUUCAGUGUCUGCAUGCAGAGGGAGGAGACACUAAAUGUUUGGAUGCAUUUUAGGCAGCCAUGACCCAGGAAGCUAUCUGAGGAGUGACCAGUGAAGUUAUCACUAGGCUGUAAUGAAAAAACUGCAUUUUCUCUGAAAAGACAGUGUUUACAGCAAAAAGCCUGAAGGUAAUGAUUCUAUUUAUCAGAACAAAUUCAAAGAGCUGUAGUUGUUCUGGUGACUAUAGUGUCCCUUUAAUUGUGUGUGUAAUAUCAUCACUUGGUCUGCCUAUUUUUUUUGUUUUCUUUGUUGUUUUUCUUCAGCGCAUUAUGAAAAACGUAAAAGGCACUGAGUUGGCACUCACAAAAAUAAGUUCCUGUGUGUGUAAGAUUUUUCACUCAGCCUUUAGAUGCAGCAGUGCAUAUGUUGUGUAGUGGACUCUCUACUGCAGGCUUCCCCAAACUCCGGCCCUCUAGUUGUUGCUGAACUACAACACCCAUGAUUCUAUGAAUGAAUCAUGAGAAUCAUGGGAGUUGUAGUUGAGCAACAUCUGGGGGGCCAGAGUUUGGGGAAGCCUGCUCUACUGCCUUCAGUGCUGUUUCAUAGCAGCAACUUAUUGUUAAAGUGGCCACACGGAUGAUAUUUUUGUCUAUUAGAAAUGGGUUUAAACCAGAGGAUCAGUUAGCUUUAUGCUUUCCGAAUAAAUAAGCAGCACCAGACCAAUAAAGGAACACUGUAGGCAUUAUAAGCUGCUUCAUUUCAUUGAAGUGCUUACAGUGUUUGGAAUCCCCAAGCACCAUUAGUCCAUUCAACAUUAAACCAUUUUUAAUGUUUUAAUACUAUAACAGAGCUCCCAGCAGCUCAACCCACCCUCUGCUGCCUUGGCUAAUAAUGAAGCAUUAGCCUGAGUAGUAAAGGGCAGCUAUGAUUGGCUGAGAGUGUCAGCUGACCACUUUCAUCUUAUCACCGUACCCAUUCAUAUAUAAAUCGGUAUGGCUAGAUGAAAAUGUGUAAUCUCUGGCUUAGCCACACCUCCGAUUUGGGGCUAAUGGAAGUCAGGGAUCUGCAUUCAGUGUUAAACUGCUUGAAAAUAAUUUAAUACUGAAAGUGGGACCGUGCCAGCAGACUCUUACCUCUGUACCUAAUUAAAUUUGAUGUAUUGGUUAUAGUGCCUACGUUGUCCUUUUAAUCCCUACUUCUAUCGUGAAUUAAACUGUAACACUCACUCACAAAAAGAAAACUUUUUGUAUGUGGAUGUUACCUCGGAAAAUAUUAUAAAGUACACAAUCAUAGAAUAAACACUUCACCAAAAUCUAAUAAAGGUCAGGUUUGGAAUCCAAAGCCUACUAGGCUAAGCCUCUGACUAUUGAAGACUGUGACAUGAAUCCAAAAUCCCUUAACUAAUCAAGCUUUAUUAGUGAUUGCCUAUGUAGAGGAGUUGGGUAUGAAUGAAGAUUUCUAAGUAGGAAGGAAGGCUGUGAGAGGGCGUGAUAUCUGCUUUGAAAAUUCUGAGGUAAGUAUCUCCUAUAUGUGCAGACUGAUUUUGAGGUUUACAGAUAAUCAUAAAUAGAACUGAUAUGGAAAUAGAUAGUUGCUCAAAAUCUGCAGUCACACCUUCACUGUAUUAGAGUAAGCAGAGCCAGUAUAGUAGUUUAGCCUUUUCUUAAAAUCUGCAGCCACGCAUUUAGUUCAUUGGAAUAGACUAAGCAUAGGAUAAAUUUGAAUAGAAUUUCGAUGCAAACUUUAAGGUCUCUACAAGUGUCUCCAGUAUUGAGACAAGCAGAGUAUAAAAGGUAGAGCUGUUAUAAUGAUUAAGCCUUUGCUCAAAAUCUGCAGCCACACAUUUAGUUCAUUAGAAUAGACUAAAAAUAGGAUACGAUUGAAUAGAAUUUCAGUGCUCACUUAGGAUCUCUACAGAGUUCUCCAGUAUGUUGAGACAAGUUGAGAGAUUAUUCUAUUAGUCAUAAAUGAGCCUCUUUUGCUCAUUAUAUAUCCGCUUAAAAUUACCGGUAUUCAAGCUGUAAUCCUAUAAUUUAAAUAGAUGGGGAAAAAAAGUAGAUAUAGAAAAGGCCUCCCUUUUAAUCUUACUAGAUAGUCAGAGGAAUGAAGGGAAAAAAAUAAAAUAAAAGUUUUAAAUGUUAAUAAAUCAAAAUCAUGCUUCUAAUUAGCUUGGUUUACUACACCAUUGUACUUCGAGAGACACUAUAGGCACCAGAACAACUAUAGCUUAUUGAAUUUGUUCUGGUGAGCAGAAUCAUUACCUUCAGGCCUAUUUGCUGUAAACACAGUCUUUUCAGAGAAAAUGCAGUGUUUACAUUACAGUCUAGGGAUAACUUCACUGGCCACUCCUUAGAUGGUUGUUAGAGAUCCUUCCUGGGUCAUGGGUGCCUAAAAUGUAUCCAAACAUUCAGUAUCUCCUCCCUCUGCAUGCAGACACUGAACUUUCCUCAUAGAGAUGCAUUGAUUCAAUUCAUCUCUAUGAGGAGAUGCUGAUUGGCCAGGGCUGUGCUUCAAUUGUGCUGGCUCUGCCCCUGCCUCCUUGUCAGUCUCAGCCAAUCCUAUGGGGAAGCAUUGUGAUUGGAUCAGGCCACCACUUCUGGUGAUGGCAGUGGGCAGGUCAAAAAGAAACAGGGACAAAGUAAGCAGCUGCAGACUUCAAUAAAAGUAAGAUUUUACUAUAUUUAGGGAGGCAAGAGGGGACUAGGGUGGCUAGAUGGUGGUUUUAACCAUAUAGGGUCAGGAAUACAUGUUUGUGUUCCUGACGUUAGUGUUCCUUUAAUGUGUUUAGUGCCCUGCGAUAUAAUGCCCGACACGCUUUUCGGUGCACAGCGUUUGCACUUUCGUCAGGGACCAAAAGUGACCUGACCAUGUCUUGCCUUUUAAACCCAUCACCCCAAGUGGAACCCGUGACCUAAAGCCAAUCGGGUAUUGCCAUGUUAAUUUAGAGGUGUGACCUGGAGAAUGAUACAAUUAAUUAUGCAAAGUUCCUCUUGCAUGUGGUCCAAUCAAUGAGUGAAUAGUCGUAACUGUCAUGCUAUCGGCUUCGAUAUGAGCUUCAUUACUUGUUCAACAAAUGUUGGCAAAUAUUAUGCAUAAUUGUUAGCAUCUUCAUAGCGAUCUGUUUGUAUAUCUUAUUCCCGUUCUAUUUCACUUAACUGGGUCAGAGAUGAACUUGCUUUUGUUGAAACAAUCUCAGGGUGCAAUAAUGUAUCUAUUUGCUAAAAAUGUUACAUUUGAAAUAAAGUGUCAAAUAUAUCUUUGUAUUACAGUCUUGUUUGUAUUCAAAUUUCCAAUGCCGUGCUGAAUUCCGGAGUUGUUACGUUUCAAGCAUACAAUUACUGUCUAUUUCGAAGCAUGUUCACUAUCACUAUGCCUCAUAUUAGAUGAAUCUAGGUAUCUCUAACACUCGGACUGGUGUUGCCAUUGCGGACGAUGGGGACCAAGAGACGCUUACUUAUCUGUGUGUUUAUUUGAUUUGGAUAAAGGACUUGACUGAGUAUUAGAUUCCACCUUAAUGAUUAUCAAAUCAAAUAUGUAACCAAUAUAAUAGCAGUGUCGGUUAGAAUGGUAAACCGACAUCGUGAUGCACUGUUUAUUCUAUUACUUAGAUGGAUGGAGCAUAUAUAAAUAAAUCCAAGGUAUGUAAGGGAUAGUUCAGAAGUAGGCAACGUUUUAGCAGCACUGUGCCAAAAUAAGAUUGUGAUGGCCCAUAGCGUGCCGGUCCUACUUUUUUAAAUUGGGGUGUCUAUGUUGUCGUAUUCUGCUUGUGUUAUUUAUACUGAAGUUGCUUUGUAUCAUUGUAUUUGAGUGUAUAUGAGCUAUUAUAUUGUAUAUGUUCAGGAGUAGUUUGUGGUAUCGUGUAUGAUACCUAUGAAAGUUGGCUGUGUAUGGGGGCUGCUUGUGGAAUUGUGUGCGUGGAUGAAAAUGUCACAUAGUGAGUUUCGUAGUGUGUGUAUGUGUGGGGCUGUUUGGGGUAUUGCAUGUGAGAGACUGCUUGUGUGGGGUUGUGUGCAUGUAUGUGGAUUGUUAGUAGUGUUACGUUUGUGCGGACUGUGUGUGGGGUUGUGUGUAGGCUGUUAGUAUUAUUUGAAUGAGGGAGGGUUAAUCUGCAUUUCUGUGUAUAUAAAGCAGUGUGGGUGGCUUCCCUGGGUUCCAGUGAGGACCAGGCUGGCCAGGUACAGGUCAAGGACAGGAGCUGCAACAGCAGUUGCAGGCUGCUCUACUCCAGUGUGAAUUCCCAUACGUGUUGCAAUGCAUAAAUUGAGGAUUUUCCUUAACCACCUUUUCGUAUUAGCAGAUAUCUGAAGUUUCACUGGGACUUCUGAUAGGCCAGACCCUGUUUGGCUCUGGCAGCCUUGAGUGCUGUGCAAAGACACCUCGAGUGCCGUGCAUCGCACAUGUGCCAUAGGUUGCCUACCCCUGGUAUAGUUUUAACCUUUUCAUGUGCUCAUAUUAGUGUGUAGCUCACUUAUUACAUUAUCGUCCCAUAGUUUAUAGCAAACUAUAUAUUUAUAAAAGUAACUGCUAUUUGCUCAUGAUAAUUUCAGACAAUAAAGAUAAAGUCUAAUGGUAAUAAUACCAGGUUUCCCUAUGUCAAAAAGAUUAUUACAACUCUAGAUAUAAUUAUAUUGUGUAUCUUAGCACCAAUCCUAUCCAUAAUAAAAUUAAAGGUAUGUAUAUGUAAACCAGGUCAAUAAACAAAGUGGGUAUAGUUACAGAGGGAAACAUAAGGAAGGUAUUUUGGUUGUAGAAAAGUGAUAGUAUGCUUUGUUAUAAGUAUAUGUUAAAGUGAAUUGUAAUCUAUGUGGAAGUAAUUUCAAUCAGAUAUGAAUGAAGUGUAUGAAAAACCUUAAUUCAAACCAGAUGGAGAUAGCGUUUUUAAUUUGUAAAUCCAGAAACACUCUCUGGAGUAGUUUUUUGUCUAGGUCACCUUUCCUUCGGCCUACAUUUAUUUUUUAAUUUUUUGCUGAAUCGUAGUCCUUGGGAAGAACCCCCAUGGUGUAACUUUAAAUGUUUAGAUAUUGGGGUGUCAAUAAGUCUGCAUGGAUUGGUUGAAUUGACAUGUUCUAGAAUGCGCUUCUUGAAUGCUCUUCUUGUUUUCCCCACGUAUUUUAAGUUGCAGCUACACAUCAAUAGGUACACUAUAUCUGAGGUUUGGCAGUUGAUGAAAGUUUUGGUGGUAAAGGACUCUGCUUCGUUUGAAUUUGAAGAGGUCUUAAAAUAUCUGCGAAUGUACUUACAUGCUUUACAAUUUUCCUGGUGUAGUAAUGGCCAGUAUCUGUCUAGUGUGUUCUUGACGGCAUACCAGCCAGCAUCAAAGGUACCACUGCAUCUAAUUAAAGAUUGUUCAGAUCUGUUUUGUUGUGCCUCAAUAAGAAGGUUUGGUCUUUUAGUCAGUAAGACUCUCAAGUAAGCUUGUUUCAAACAUCUAUUUGGGUACCUUUUCGCCUUGAAAUGUUCUCUAAGGGUUUUGGCCUUAACUUUAAAAUCUUCUACUGAGGAGCAAUAUCUCCUCAGCCAAAGGUACUGCCCUAUUGGUAUUCCUUUUGUAAGAACCGUAGGAUUGUGGCUCUUCCAAUUAAGGACGUUAUUAGUGGCAGUGGGUUUUCGAUAUAAAGUUGUGGCCAGGAGGUUCUCCUCUGUUAAUUCAAUAGAGAAGUCUAGAAAGUUAAGUUUUUUUUGUCCUCAACCUCAAAAGUCUGUUUUAGAUUAAUAAUAUUGAUGUUUAGCUCAUCAAAAUUUCAAAAUCUUGAAAGAUUUCUCUAGUGCCUGUCCAGAUGAUCAGUAUGUCGUCUAUAUACCUCUUCCACAUUUUGACGUAUUUACUGUAAAACCAGUUUUUGGUCAAACACAAUAUUUUGUUCCCACCAGCCCAGGUGGCGGUUGGCAUUUGAGGGAGCACAAGCCGUCCCCAUAGCGAUCUCUCUCACCUGGUGGUAGUGCUUUCCUUCAAAAAGAAAAUAAUUGUGAGUCAAAAUUAGAGAAAGUAAUUUUGCAACAAAGUUAUGCACUCUUAGUGAAGGGUCACAUGUUUGAAGGAAAGCCAUUACGUGUCUGAUGCCAACUUGGUGACCCCCACCCUCAGGGUCUCCCUCCUGCUGGGCUCUGGGGAGAGGAAGGGGUUAAACACUCACCUUUUACCAACGCCGGCGGGGAGCUUUCCGCCUCCUCUCCUCCUCUUCGGCUGAAUGCGCAUUCGCGCGGCAGCAGCUGCGCGCGCAUUCAGCCAGUCUCAUAGGAAAGCAUUAAUAAUGCUUUCCUAUGGACGCUUGUGUCUUCUCACUGUGAUUUUCACAGUGAGAAGCACGCAAACGCCUCUAGCGGCUGUCAAUGAGACAGCCACUAGAGGCUGGAUUAACCCAUUUAUAAACAUAGCAGUUUCUCUGUUUUAUUAAAAAAAAAAAUGGGUUAACCCUAGCUGGAUCUGGCACCCAGAUCACUUCAUUAAGCUGAAGUGGUCUGGGUGCCUAGAGUGGUCCUUUAAAACUUUUAUUUUUUUUCCCUUCAUUCCUCUGACUAUCUAGUAAGAUUAAAAGGUAGAGAGGCUUUAUCUAUAUCUACUUUUUUUCCAUCUAUUUAAGUGAUUUAAUUACAGGUUGAAUAAUUUUGAGCUGAUAUCUAACGAGCAAAAGAGGCUCAUUUAUGACUAAUAGAACAAUCUCUCAACUUGUUUCAACAUACUUCAUAAAUCUGUAGAUACCCUAAGUGAGCAUUAAAAUGUUAUUAAAUCUUAUCCUGUUUAGUCUAUUCUAAUGAACUACAUGUGUGGCUGCAGAUUUUGAUCAAGGGCCUAAUCAUUAUAACAGCUCUACCUUUAAUACUCUGCUUGUCUCAAUACUGGAGACACUUGUAGAGACCUUAAAGUGACACUAUUGUCACCAAAACAACUUUAGCUUAAUGAAGCAGUUUUGGUGUGUAGAUCAUGUCCUUGCAGUCUCACCGAUCAAUUCUCUGCCAUUUAGGAGUUAAAUCACUUUGUUUAUGAACCCUAGUCACAGCUCCCUGCAUGUGACUUGCACAGACUUCCUAAACACUUCCUGUAAAGAGUUCUCUACAGUUUAUCCUUCCUUCUGUUUAAUUUAGAUUUUCUUAUCCCCUGCUGUGUUAAUAGCUUGCUAGACCCUGCAAGAGCCUCCUGUAUGUGAUUAAAGUUCAAUUUACAGAGAAAGAGAUACAAUUGUUUGAGGUAAAUUACAGCUGUUUGAAAGUGAAACCAGUUUUUUCAUGCAGGCUGUGUCAAUUAGAGCCAGGGGCGGUGUGACAAGGGCUGCUAAAACAGAAACAAAGUGAUUUAACUCCCAAAUGGCAGUGAAUUGAGCAGUGAAACCUGAGAAACAUGAUCUAUACACUAAACUGCUUCAUUAAGCUAAAGUUGUUUAGGUGACUAUAGUGUUCCUUUAAAGUGAGCACUGAAAUUCUAUUCAAACUUAUCCUAUGCUUAGUAUAUUCCACGGAACUAAAUGUGUGGCUGCAGAUUUUAAGAAAAGUCUAAACUACUAUACUGGCUCUACUUACUCUAAUACAGUGAAGGUGUGACUGCGGAUUUUGGGCAACUAUCUAUUUCCAUAUUAGUUCUAUUUACGAUUAUUUAUAAACCUCAAAAUCAGUCUCUACGUAUAGGAGAUACUUACCUCAGAAUUUUCAAAGUAGAUAUCACGCCCUCUCCCUGCCUUCCUUCCUACUUAGAAAUCUUCAUUCAUACCCAACUCCUCUACAUAGGCAAUCACUAAUAAAGCUUGAUUAGUUAGUUACUAACAUUGGAUUCAUGUCACAGUGACAUUGGAUUCAUGUCACAGUCUUCAAUAGUCAGAGGCUUAGCCUAGUAGGCUUUGGAUUCCAAACCUGACCUUUAUUAGAUUUUGGUGAAGUGUUUAUUCUAUGAUUGUGUACUUUAUAAUAUUUUCCGAGGUAACACCCACAUACAAAGUUUUCUUUUUUGUGAGUGAGUGUUACAGUUCUAUUCUAUAUACACACACGGGUUAGGCCUUAGACACUACUGGAGUGUCUCCAUGGUGCUCUAGAUUCAGAAGAGAUCUUACAAGUGCAGAUUACCUUAAACUUAACAUGUUUACAACUACUUCUAUCUUGUCCCAUUUUCUCAACCAUUAAGCAUUAUCAGUGAUAGUGCCUUAUCCUUGAUACUGGAAGUGCACAUGGCCUGAUUGACAGUGCUGCAAGGAUUAAAUAAUAGUGAGGCACAAAAAAGUUGAACUUUAUGGAUUUGCAUCUUUUUUUCACCAUCAACCUAGAUUAUUUUUUCUUUGAAGUUUAUAUUUCUACAGAAAGUGUUAUAAUCUGCUAUGUAACCAUAAGCCCUCCCCUGGCCCAAGCACUAUGCAUGGAGUAGCUCAUAGCCUGCUUGCUUCCCAGACAGGUUAACAGAUUUGUAGAGAGAUCACAAGCAAUGUUACUCUCUCCCCUCACACGUUUGUGUCCUAAUAAAAUAGGGUUAAUUUCUGCAUCAGUGUUUCAUGCUGCCUAUUCCACAUAUACUACAUCUUAACGUGGAGUUAUGAUGCCCCAUCAGAAUAGACCACUAGACACUGUUUACCAACUCAUCUACUUUAUUCCCGUAUGCAGUGAUCUGUGCUAACCAAAUUGGUAGCAGCAUAGUUGAUUUUAUUUUUUUUCUACCUCCCCUAAACUUUGCUGCAAGGUUGCUAGAAUAAUAUUUCAGUUGUAUUCAGAUUGAGAGUAAAAUAAAAACAAUUAUUUCAGUGGUAACAAAUGCCAGAUAUAUUUUAUUUUUAGAUUGCUCCAUUUUUUUAUUUUUAUAGAAGUGGAAGUCAUUGCACAAAGUUUCAAGACAUCACUUAUAUAUUGAUAUAGUGGGUUACAAUGUUUUACAUCUGUAUAUAUACACAGUUAUUUACAGUUGGUCUUACAUUCAUAGAUUUAUUCUGCUGUUAAGUCUGAAUCCACUGCUCUGACCAUCACAGAAUUAAAAUCUUUAGCAUUGGAUAAUAUAUACAGUUUGAUAAUGUAUGCCUCUGAUCUGCAACUUUGGCGAUGGAUUUCUUACAGACUAUAUUAUAUCAUUUAGUGGUAGGGAACCUAUAAAGGUAGGCUGGAUAUUCCAGUACACACAUUUUCAAUGUAGUUUUAGCAUCUGUGGUUGGGAAAAUAUUUCACCCCUUAAGAACGGAGUCAGUUGUGAUAAAAACAAAACCUGGCAUUUGCGCUACAUGUCUGUUGAACCAUAAUUCACCUCUUUCAUAUUAAGUACACCUACACUGAUUAUUAGUGAUGUCCCGAACGGUUUGCCGCGGAUGGCGAACAUAUGCGCUGUUCGGUCCGCCCCCUAUUCGUCAUCAUUGAGUAAACUUUGACCCUGUACCUCACAGUCAGCAGACACAUUCCAGCCAAUCAGCAGCAGACCCUCCCUCCCAGACCCUCCCACCUCCUGGACAGCUCACUAAGAAUGCAGCUUCACAAUGAAUGUAAAAUGGAUGCUGUCCGGGAGGUGGGAGGGUCUGCUGCUGAUUGGCUGGAAUGUGUCUGCUGAAUGUGAGGUACAGGGUCAAAGUUUACUCAAUGAUGACAUAGGGGGCGGACCAAACAGCGCAUAUGUUCGCCGUCGGUGGCGAACCGUUCGGGACAUCAUUACUUAUUAUAUAUAAUUUUAAGGUGAAACAGGGCUUUCAUUUUAUAUCAAAUAUUUAUAUAUGAAACAUAAUUUAAUAUGAAUAAAAAUUUUAAAAAAACUUGAAAUUAAGCAAUUUUGUUAUUUUUCAAAUUCUGCGUGGCAUUUUAAUUGUUAAUAUCAUAAUACUGUUAGUUUUUAUUGCAAUAAAUUACACAUAUUUGUAUUCAGCGAUGUCUCACAAGUACAAAAGUACCCACUAUGUACAGGUUUUGUGGUGUUUUGGAGAGUUACUGCAUCAAAUAUAGGGCUUUCACCUUUUUAAAUUUUACACAUUGAAAUUUGCAAGGUUGGUUUGCUGGGCCUAAGCUACCUUUGGGACUGUAUGGCAGUCAAUGAAUUAAAGGACCACUCUAGGCACGUCAGCGUCCAUCGGAAAGCAUUAUGAAUGCUUUCCUAUGUGACCGGCUGAAUGCGCGCGCAGCUCUUGCCGCGCGUGCGCAUUCAGCCGUAUGCGAGGAGAAGAGGAGGAUCGGAGGAGGAGAGCUCCCCGCCCAGCGCUGGAAAAAGGUAAGUUUUAACCCCUUUCCCCUUUCCGGAGCCGGGCGGGAGGGGGACUCUGAGGGUGGGGGCACCCUCAGGGCACUAUAGUGCCAGGAAAACGAGUAUGUUUUCCUGUCACUAUAGUGGACCUUUAACCCCAGUAUGGCAUACCAUUUGUAAAAGUAGACAACCCAGGGUAUUCAAAAUGGGGUAUGCCCAGACUUUUGUAGUAGCCACUUUAGUCACAAACGCAAGCCCAAGUUAGUUUUCAUAUUUUAUUUUUUUUGCAUUUUCCACACAAAAACUGCACUUUUACUGAUGAUAUCAUCAUUACAAAUUUUAGUGUUUUAAAACACUCAUAUCUGUGUUCAGCGAAGUCUCACGAAUGUACAGGUCUCAUGGUGUUAUGGAAAGUAACAGGGUUAAAUAUAUGGCUUGUAAAUUAAAUCCAAUGGACUUUCUGCCUGGGUUGUCAGUCAGGUCCCUUAAAUUAUAAUUAAUUAUGUAAAUAUAUUAGAUAAAUGUACACGUUGAAUAUGAAUAAAUAUAUAUAAUUCAGUGAAGAAAACAAAACAAAAAUAAAUCUCAAGAUAGUAUCUGUCUAUGUGAGCACAAACAAAAACGUACAUUUGUGCUGGGCUGAAGUUCCAGGUCUUAGAUCUUAAUGAUUAAUUAAUAAUAUGGUGAGAAUAUGGGUAGCUGCAGUUUCUAUCACAGCAACAAUAUGUGCAUUAGAGCUGACACCUAUAGUUAACUAGGUGUGCUACUGCAACCCAUAUCUGCUUUCAAGUGGAGGAGAGAAAUAUAAUUAAUAUUGGUUAGAAUAAAUAGAGUAAAAAAUAGCCUAAUCAAGAUAGAAGUAGAGGCUAUAAUGUGCCUUCAAGGGCACCUGUUACCCAAAAUUCUACUCUCACACUAGGCAGAGAUCAAUGCCCAAACCGCCCAAAACUUUAUUUUUAAUUUCAGACACCAGGGGGUGCACUCAGGCAGUCCCCCUGCAGGCAGUUUCAUAGACUGCUUUGUGGCCAUGUGAUUGCGACGUCCGUCGCGAUCACAUGGCCCUGGAGGGCCGAAAUGGAAGCAGGGUGACUGCCUGUCUCCUGUGGAAGACCCCCCAGACCAGAAUCGCCGCUGAUCACCGGUCCAGGUAAGUAACUGCAUUUAGGCUCAUUAAAUAGUACUCCCUAACGGCAUUAACAGGUUAGUAUUCAAGAAUUUGUUUUGAACAAAAUAUAAAUUAACGGUAAGAUCCCCACUUUGAAUAUGUAAUGCAAUUUUGGUCACCAGUUUUAAAGAAGGAUAUUGCAGACCUAGAAAAAGUGCAGAACCUAGCUACAAAAUUAUUAAAGUGGAUGAAAAACAUUUAUUUAGAAAGGAUAGAAAAACUGCAUUUGUUUUCUUAGUACAAACCACUAUCUGUUCAUCAGUAGUAAUAUUUAAUUCCAUUUUAAUUUCGUUGAGAUUGGGGGGGAAAAAGGUGUUUUUCACUUACAGCAAAGGAAAGGGGUCUUUACAGUAAGAACACUAAAGAUCUGGAGUUCUCUAAAGAGAUUCUCUUCUUUUGGAUGAACAGCAUUAAAUAAUGGAUUUUAAGGUUGAACUUGAUACACUUCAGUUUUUUGUUUUUUUUAACCUAUACUACUAUAUAACACUAUGUAUAGAAUACUGCUCAUUGAUACAUACCGAACAAUUACCCCAAGGCUGUGCUGGUGUCAGGAUGGAUGCUAGUAAGCCCUUAAUGGUACAUAUUGAAAGAGUGUGGUAGUUUGAAAUGAGGGCAUGUUUUGUAUCAGUCUGUUUUUUUUUUAUAGUCAAAAAUCGAAGAUCUUCAAAAGAAAGACCUCUAUUGGCUGUCUGUUUAAAAGCAUGCGGGGCAGGGCCGGCAGCGGAGGUCAUAGGAUCUCCCCGGCCGGUCCAUGCACGGACCACGCUAUCUGAGCGCCGGCCCCGCUGUGUUUCAUGACAUCAAAGAUCUCCCUCACCGGCCCACAUGCAGUGUGUUGUGGCCGCUGGCUGGGGAGGGAGACAGGAGCGGACCCGCAGUAGCUGUAUUAUCUUGCAGCUCCGCCGGGUUUCUCUCGUGAGAUCCGGAGCAUUGCCAUGGGUCUCGAGAGAGAGAUCACUCACCACUAGGACCAUCAGGGAUAGCCGCACGGUCCCCCCUCCCAGGCUGAAGGGAGGGGGGAUACAAUGCCAAUUUAUUUAAAAAAAUUUUUAAAUACAUAUAUAUUGCCAUUAACCUGCCUCCCCCAACACACAAUCCCUCCAAACACUCACACACACCCAUAACCCUCACACACACAUACAUACAUUAAUCUCACACAGCACCCUAACACACACAGCACCCUCACUCACACACACUGCACUUUUCACACACACGCACCCUCACAUAUCACACACACACACUGCACACCUCACACACACACACUACACCUACACACACACUGCACCCCCACACACACACACUAUACUCCUCACAAAUACACACUACAUCCCUCACACAUACACACUGCACACAUACACACAGCAGCCUCCAAACACACUGCACCACUCACACACAAUACUUAUAUGUAUAUAUACCAAACAUAUAUGUAUAUAUACUACAGAACCCCUGACACACGUACUGCACCGCAAAACACAUUACAUUACAGACACACACUAGAUCCCUUACCCAACUCUGGAUCAUCUACACAUAUACACACUCUAGAUCCCUAUAUACACUCUGAAUCCUCUAUAUAUACCCACACACACACACUCACUAUAUCUCCUAUGCACACACUGGAUCCCCUACACACACACUACAUUUCUGACAUACACACUCUGGAUCCCCUAUGCACACACUAGAUUCCUUGUAAGCAAACACAUACUAAAUUCCCUAAACACACACUCACUACAUCCCACUAUGCCCCCUAUACACACACUCUCUACAGCACCUAGACACACAGUUUUAGCCAAUCAGCACCUCCUCAUAGAGAUGCAUUGAAUCAAUGCAUCUCUAUGAGGAAAAUUCAGCGUCUCCAUGCAGAGCGUAGGGACGCCGAAGGUCAGGGCUGCUUUUUCGGCAGCACUGACCCAAGAAGCACCUCCAGUGGCCAUCUAAGGAGUGGCAACUUGGAGGUAUCCCUACAGGCAAUGUAAACACUGCCUCUUCUCUGAAAAGACAGUGUUUGCAUGAAAAAAAGCCUGAAGGGAACUAUUUUAGUUUUUCUGAGGACUAUAGUGCCCCUUUAAACUGAAGUGUUGUAUGUUGUCAGAAAAAAAGUGUCGGGGUCUAUGCACCAAAACUCGCUUUAUAAAGAUGAAUUUUUUUAUUUAGUGCUUAAAAUUUCACUUUAAGCGAAGAGUGGGAUGAUGUUUCAAGGGUCUUUAAAAUUGAUAACAGAUAAUGAUACUCUUUGUAAGUACAGCGAAUACUGCUACUUUGCAGAGAAUGAGCUGUCUAUUAAUCAGACUCGUUACAACUCAGAUUUGAGGUGUGGCCCAUUGUAACAUUUCAUGUCGGUGAGAGUUUGCGUAUUGGAUUGUUAUAUUCAUUGUUCUUAUACAUAACAUAUCUUGUCAGGCUGUAUUUAUAUUCUAAUUUGUGUUGUUACUAUUUUGAAUUUCUAGUUAUGCUUUUUUGUUGUAUUUCUAUGCAUUUUCAAAUAGACAUUUUAUUUAAUUAUGGAUCUUGCUUUUAAAUCAAAGUGUCUCUUUUAGGAAACUUAUGAAAUUAUUCAAACACGUAAUUGAUUGUAGCACUGCCCUUACCUUUCACCAACUCUUAGAGUGACUUUAACUCAUGAGUCAUUCUUUAUGACAGUGGGAGUUUUAAAACCAGUUAUUGUGACAUGCAGAACAUUUUUUUUUUUUUUUAUCGAUUUGAUUUGCCAGCAGACACAAGAUAUUGAGUUUUAGCUUGUUUUAACUGUUCUUAAAACAGUGUUUCGCGAUUGAUGCUUUUUGAAUGCAGUUAAAUUUACAUUUGUUUUUUAUUUUAUAAUAUAUAUAUAUAUAUAUAUAUAUAUAUAUAUAUAUAUAUAUAUAUAUAUAUAUAUAUAUAUAUAUAUAUAUAUAUAUACACACACACACGAUGUAGCGUGUACGUUGCACCCUGUCUACUUGCAGAGAGUGGUACACAACUGCAGGAAUUGUGAAACCAUCAAUUUUACAUUCUGGAGUCCAUAUGGGUAUGAUGCGUUAAAAGGAAUAUUUGUUUCACUCUUUUCUGUGUGAGCUUAUGUACAUGACACUCUGUGGUGAGUGGCACAGUGGCUGGGGGAUAAAAUUUCAGCUGGAUAGAGGUUUGUGGAAUAAGAUCAGAUCUCAGACUAAAAUGAGAGGAUUUUGAUUGUUAGACCCUGGUCAGGGAGGCGUUUCUUUUGCUGACACUUGGCUGUGCUAGUGAAGCAGCUUUAGGAGCUUUAAGUGCAAGUAUUUAUUUUAUUUGCAUAUGUAUCUAAAUAAAACAAUCCACAUCAGUUCCUUUCAUUUGUGUCCCCUUUAUCCAAACAAUACACAAUGGUGUAACCUCUUAAAUAGUACAAAUAUUCAUGUGAAAGCAUUGCAAAAGUGUUUGCCUUUUAAUCCCGAUUUUGCUUUGUAACAUUCAUUGUUUAAUGAGUCAUAGCAGGCCAGGGCCACAGUUUUUAGACAUAAUAGAAGCUUUUAUUCUGUUUUGUUACAUAUCCAAGUGGAAUUAAGUUAUAUCAGCUUUACUCAGGCUGAAGGCCAUUAUUACAGAGAACAUUUGUCUAGACCAGUGUAAUGAUGUGUUAGUGAAUCUAUGACACUUCAGACAGUCACUGUGGCAGUAAAUGACUGUUUACUAAUCCCUAUCUUGUUAUGUGGUCACUAGAUCACUUGUUAGUGGAAGAAUUAUUUUAGGAAUAAAUAUAAGUGAUAAUGUCAGUAGGUAUGUAUAUAACUAUUUAUGCUUUGUGAUGUAGUUUACCUGUACAGGGCCAGAGUUAGGAAAUCUCUUGGUGGUGCAUCACUGUACAUGAAGGUUAACCCUUAAAGCGGCACUGUCAUGGUGGAAUCCAGUUUUGUUUUUUUUAACCCCCUCCCAACUCCACUGCAUCAAAUUGUCCCCCUAGCUACUCUCAAAUGCCCCUAAGCCCCCGUAACUUAUUUUUUCAUCUUUAUUUCGUGCCUUUCAGAGUCUGGAAAAAAAAAUUUGCCACAUUUUUUUUUUUUUUUGUGCUCUGGUUUUUAAUUUUAUUUUCAAAGUUCAACGGGUAUUAUUAUUAUUUAUUUUUUUUUUUGGCCUUUUGGGGGCUGAAAAAAGGUUUUAGAAAAUACAUCAAAUGGUAAGUUUUUUGGUUUUUUUUAAAUUUAUUUACAGGUAUUUAGUUUUAUUGUCCCCCCCUCACUAUUUGUAGGGUGAGGGGGGUAGGUAGGGAUUUAUUUUUUGGGAUGCGGGGGUGACUAGGGGCUUGGGGACCCCUAGUCACCUGGGGGGGGGGUGUUUACAUUUAGCCUCUGUGACGGACCGCUGGCACUCCGACUGAGUACCUCCGCCAAUCGAUGCUCCUAGCGCUUGCCGAGGACUCCAAGCACUCCAACCGACACCAUCAGCACUGCAGACCCCACUUCCAGCGAUGCAACUGCGCUGGGGUCUCUGCUGUCUCCACCCACCAUGGACCCAAGGCCAGGAUCCAGCUUCCAGUGGGUGAACCUCUCUUUCCCCAGAGAGCAGGAAUAAGCUCUUAGCAGAACUUAGUGAUCAUACCCUGGGGAGUAUAGUGAUUAUAGCAAUCCCCAGAGUGUAUUUCUCCAAUCCCCCAAACAUGAGCCAAGGCUUAAUGCUGGAACAAGAUUGAUUUACUGGCACACAGAACUCACAAUUUAUGCAACACAAAACUCCUCCUCUGGGCCAGGCUAGAUAAUUGAGUUUCUACAAUACACAAAGCUCAAUUAUCUGCUGGCCAGAAAUAAUACAGUUUCAUAAAACACACAGGGACCCCAAAACAUGCAAUAACCCCAUAAAGUAUAAAGUAUAUCCUUGGAACCGGGGGAUCUGGGUGAACCACAUAUCCAAAAUUCACCCAGAUCCGUUCAGUACUUUGGAAAAUACAGUUUAAUGCAGAUUCUGCAGAACAUAUACAGGCUAAAUGAAAAACAAUCACUGUAUAAUGUGUCCCCUGCUGUAUAGUCCAAAACCACUGCACGAUGUCUCUGUGCACCAAAUACUGGCGAGAUGGCACCGUGUUGAAAAGUCCAAACAGUAUCUGUGAGUUAAAAUGGCCGCCAUCCAUUGUUCUCACCAUAUGCUUCUGAUACAGGAAAUGGUGGCCACCCAGUAACUCCACAGUAUGUCCCCAGAUGGUUCUUAAAGGGCCAGCAGCAGCACAACACAAAUCCAUUAUACCCAAAUCAUGUCUUUAAAGGGCAAUACAUCCCAGGGGCCAUAGUCACAGGGCAAGAGGCGGGCAAUCAGUCCUCUCCAGGCACAAGUGGCGAAGGGCACUUCGUCACAGCCUCCACCCGCCGCCCAUGGGGGGAGGUGGGAGGGCAGGACAAUAGGUCGUGUGUCCCCGUUUUCAUUUAGGGCCCCCACCAGCCGCUCGUGGGUGGGGACCAGGGGGGAUGGUAGAUGCUAGGUCCCCCCGUUCAGUGUAUUUUUUUUUUUUUUUUUACAGUGAGCAGCCACAGGCUGCUGACUGUUUAGUAGACAUGCCCCUCCUCGCGAUAUAGCGAGUAGGAGCAGAAUUUACUAAUACUAAGUAAUCUUAGCAGCCGCGCCACGAAUAGAUCAAAAUUUCAUUCAUUCAAAUGAAAUUCUGAUCCAAACAAAGUCCCGAAUUGCAUCCUAACACGAAUGGACAAACUGUUCUCAUUCUGUUAGGACGAAAUUCGGUAGUUUCGUCCGCAUUCAGGAAUACUGACAGGAAGCAUCGCAAGAUCACAGAGGAAAGGUGAAAAUUGUGGGAAAUCACUCUGACCACAGGAAAUGAAGCACACUCCGCUGGUCAGGCGUAGAAAACCUACAUAAGGAAAAAUAGUCCCUACUUUGUAUUAUGUUUUGAAGAACACUAGAGCAGACCGGAAGAAAUGAAGAACAGAUCCUGAGAGAGGGAGGGAAGAGGAAUCGAUUGGGGAAAGGUAAGUUCGGCAUGACAGUUCUGCUUUAAGGACAGAAGCGAUUUGUCCAAGAUCUAAACCAAAACAAAGGUGAUUUAUACGAUUAUGUAUAGUUUUUAAAAGAACAUAAAUAGCUUUCUUAUUUUGUAAUUCUUUUCACUGUGGCAUAAAUAUAAACAACGGUUAACCUACUCCGAGGUAUAGAUGGUGAGUAGGAGUAGGUUACAUAAUCGUUACAGCCAAACACAAGUACAAUUGGGUAGUAGAUAUCAGAAGAAACAACUGCAUUUUGUGUGUAUAUUAUGCAGAGCAACGUCUCAAACACGGGAAUCAAUAAAGAGAAGAAACAAAAAAUAUGUAGCAAGUGUUACUGUCAAUUCUGCGGCAUGAGAUAGAUUAGUAAACUAAAAAGCUUGUGCUCACCGGCUUAGCGCGAUUGGAACAUCAGUGCAACAUUCAAAUAACAUUUUUGCAUGAAGGCAUUGCAGCAAGCAUUCUAGCAUGCAAUAUGAGGUCUAAUACAAAUAUGAAUAUUAGCUUUGCAGUCUACUGGUACCAUUGCUGCAUUUCUUAUUAACAAAUACUACAGUUACACAAAAUAGGAAUCGUUAAAGAAAAAUACAAAAACAACAUUGGCACUGUUCUACAGAAAUAGUGGUCUGUUAUAUUUUAUAUAUGUAUGUGUGAAAAAUCUUUUUUUUAAAUGGGACAAAAGUAUUUUUUUCACAUGUUUGCUUAUAAUUUCAAAUCAUUUUUGGCAGUUAACGCUUAACCUCCCAUACACAUAUAAUAGAUUUUUAGGUCUCUAUGAAGAGCUAACUUUCAGUGCUGCAUACAGCUCAUCGGUCAUUCUGGAGCCACUAAAUUUGUCUCCCAUGCUGACAGCAGGAGCCCCAGGUAUCAAUUGAUACUUAGGUCUUCCAGUGUGAGCAGGGAUUUAACCUUGCUCACCAAAACAUUAGGAAUUUCCAUGCUGUCCUAAUGGCAUUAAAGCUUACUAUGUUUAGGAUGCCAUGGAACGUCAUAAAGGUGUUAAAUAUCCAGUAGCGUUAGACACUACUUGGGACCCCCUCUUCCAUUGCACACAUUUACUUAUAAAUUCAGUGAUAUGCACUCAGAACUUUUGAUAGAGAGUCCUAAUCCAUGACUGUGCACAUACUUGAUCUACAACUUGUCAAAUGCUGUGAAUGGGGCAUAUCAAUAAACAAUUAGCAGCCAUGAUAUUGCUGUUGUCUGCUUAUUCAACGGUUCUACUCCAGUGUGAUUAUCAACAUUAUCAUCUAUAUAGCACCACCAUAUUUCGCAACUCUUUACUUUAAUACAGUGGAGAUAUAAUACAAAAACUAAUGAGACACUGAUCAGCCACACCAUUAAAACCACCAGCCUAAUAUCAUUUAGGUCUCUCUUGAUGGACUCCACAAGACCUCUGAAUGUGUCCUGCUGUAUCUGGCACUAAGAUAUUAUCAGCAUAUCCUUUAAGUCUGGCAAGUUGUGAGGUGGGGCCUCCAUGGAUCAGAUUAGUUGUUCCAGCACAGUCCCACAGAUGCUCAAUCAGAUUGAGAUUCGGGGAAUUUGGAGAUCGAGGCUACAGCUUGAACUCUUUGAUCCUCAAACCAUUGCUGAACAAAUUUUGCAGUGUGGGUUCAUUAUCCUGCUGAAAGAGGUCAAUGCCAUCAGGGCAUUGUCUACAACAAACUCUAGGUAGGUGGCACACAUCAAAGUAAUAUUCACAUGAAUGCCAGGACCCAUGGUUUCCCAGUAGGAAAUUGCCCAGAGCAUAAAAUUGCAUAUAUAUAUAUAUAUAUAUAUAUAUACAUACAAGAUCCAGCUCAUUCACUCAUUCACUAAAUAGCAAUUUCAAGUCUCACAGCAUGUAAUCAUUUUAUUUACAAAAAACACCUCAUCUAGGCAAAAAUAAUAGGGGUUUAGUUACAGUAUAUGAUCAUACAUUGCAUAAGCCUGUCACACAGUCAAUGUAUCGCAUUUUUAGCAGGUUCUACUCUAGCAACCUAAUGCCUGUUGAGAUUAAUCCACUUACUUGGAAAAUGCUUACUCCUGGGACUCUCUGUGGUGCUAGAUUAAAUAGGGCCUAUAUAUAUAUAUUAUAUAGGAAUAGGUAUUGUAAUAUCUUCAGAAAAAUUAUAAUAUUCCUGACAACUUAAUGAAUAUAUAUAUAUAUAUAUAUAUAUAUAUAUAUAUAUAUAUAUAUAUAUAUAUUAAGUGGAGCUAAGCAGUCCCUAAAUUCAUUGAGUACAUCCAUGUAUCACAGAUAUACACGAUGCCGUCAAUGUAAAAUAUUGAGAUAUACUCCCCUCUAUUCCAGUGCCGCCAUUUCCUCAUUUUUGUGGGUGGUACUCUGGUCCAGCCUCACUCCUCCUGCAGUCUUCUUUCAUGCGCCCUGCCCCUUGUUCUCCAAGCAGGGCAUGUGUCCUCCGUGAACCCGACACACUGGCUUCAUUUGCCAGUGUGGCGGACCGCCUGGUACCCUGACUUGGUACCUCUUCCAUACACGCUCCCUGGCGAUCACCAGGACAUCAGCAAUGCUCCAGUCCCUAGCUGCCGCAGCUUGGCCGGAGUCUCACCUUCGUUUCCACCCUGCAACAGGGUCCUGGAUCCAGGUUCAAGUGAUUAAAGCUCUCCUACAGAGUGAAGUACCGCUGAGGACCAUUCAUGGGUUUCUCCAUGCGAUCGGCCGCCAUGGAGCUAGCGUUUGGUUCAGCUCCAAAGAAGGAAAAGUGCCGAACCAGGUGCAGCGAGGCAAAGCUGCUUGGAGAGGCCGGGCAGGUGAACUCCUGAAUGGGGUCUUUGUGUAUGGCCCAUAGUCUUUGGGCAGGAGGCUAGCUAGCAGGCUCCUCCAGGAGCUUGUGGCAUAGGCACGUUUGCCACAGACAGAAUGCCUGUUGUUCCUAUACACCCUAGUCAACACUAGCAGCGUUGGCUAAGCAGUUAGCAUAGUAACCGUGCUGUGGCUGUUAUAUUUGGGAGAGAAGAUAGACUAUAUGUGGGCGGUGUUUUCUGCUCUCCCUUGUGGGUCAAUUCUUUGCAUUAAGUCUAUGCCGAAGAAUUGAUUGGCAGGUACGAGAAAGACCUAUUUAAAAAAAAUAAUAAAAAAAAUAAAAUUAUUUUGUUGUGCACUUAAUAAACACAUAAACUUGGUGCGCCACAUCAGUGACAUCAGGGUAAAUUGGCAAACAUUUGCUAUACAUUCGAUAGUCUGGCACAUUUUAAGUUUAAAGAAAUCGAUAUUUCCACAGUUUAGGUUCUCGUUUUGUUUGAGUAAGUUAGCAAUAUGCAUAUGUCAGAGAAGAGUAGUCAAAGGAGGGACCAAGAAGGAAAACAUGAUAUAUACAGUCGUAAAAUAAACAAGGCAGUAGGAUUAAGUAUAUGCUAGGCUGAUUUAUGAGGCAGUUAAACAUAACCCUUGUCUGGCUAGGUAGGGAGUGAGUGGUUGCUGUUUGUGCUGGGCUUAAACUAGCAGUUAAGCAGCUGGAAGGAAGAUAAUGCAGGUGUACACUGCUAGGUAAAAAACCAGGUUAGAGUAGUUAAGCUCUGUGGCAGUAGUAUUUUGUUGAGGCGUAUAUUCAUCUCUCCUAAGCAUGUCUGACAUAUCUGACCUAGCAUAUGAUAUCUAUCUUUGUCUUAAAGGACCACUCUAGGCACCCAGACCACUUCAGCUUAAUGAAGUGGUCUGGGUGCCAGGUCCUUCUAGGCUUAACCCAUUUUUUCAUAAUUAUAGCAGUUUCAGAGAAACUGCUAUAAUUAUGAAUGGGUUAAGCCUUCCCCCUAAUCCUCUAGUGGCUGUCUCAUUGGCAGCCACUAGAGGCGCUUGCGUGCUUCUCACUGUGAUUUUCACAGUGAGAGCACGCAAGCGUCCAUAGGAAAGCAUUGUAAAUGCUUUCCUAUGCGACGGGCUGAAUGCGCGCGCAGCUCUUGCCGCGCGUGCGCAUUCAGCCGGCGGGGCGGGGCGGAUCGGAGGCGGAGAGGAGGAGGAGAGCUCUCCGCCCAGCGCUGGAAAAAUGUAAGUUAUUACCCCUUUCCCCCUUCCAGAGUCGGGCGGGAGGGGGUCCCUGAGGGUGGGGGCACCCUCAGGGCACUAUAGUGCCAGGAAAACGAGUAUGUUUUCCUGGCACUAUAGUGGUCCUUUAAUGUAAUUUUUGUGAGACAUAGAUAUUCUUGUGUUAAAAUGUAGUAUACAUGUUAGGUGGUAUUUGAAUGCCAGGGAGAUAUGCGAGUUAAGCCUUGCUGAGCAUAAACUAAUAAUAAGUAACACGUGGGGUAACUUUGAGCGCAGGCAAUAGUUGGACACCUUUAUUGCUAUGCUUUACUAGGGUUUUAGCGUGAUAAGUGGGUGUAAAACUUUCAUCAUACUGCAGACUAUUCAGCUGUGCUUUCUUAGUAUUUCUUGUGAAAGUGGUCCCCUCGGUGCCCCUUCAUAACACAUCAUGUGAGUGUAAAAAUGCAGACAUUAAAAUAAAUAAAAAAUUAACGCUUAGGUGGUAGGUGCAUAGGAUCAAUGUCUACAUGAGCAGGUGUGUAGAUUAGUGCCCUGGAAUGUGUUUGUUAUGAGAGUGGGGUGUGUACAUGGGUUAAUGCAAAGUUUGGAAGUGUGUGGGUGUAGAUGCGGUGUUAUGGGUGGUAUGCCUUUUGUAAGUUCAGUUGACAUUUAAGCAAAUAGAUGAUAAUAAUAAGUGGAAAUGCUAAUGGUUCCCCCUCCCUUCGAUCCCCCUUGCAAAUGAUCAGUGGAGUCUCUGUAGCCUAUAUUGAGCACCUAUGGUUAUUUAAUCUGGGUUAGGAAAUAUGCAAUAGGCAGCUUGCCCGAUAGAGAGUCUCAUCACCCGGUUUCUGUCGGCCCUCGUCCUGCAGGGCUGAGCGCGGUCCCACCGUGCAGAUUGUUGCGUCCAGCUCGGUGCCUCUUAGGGGAGGUGGAGCCAGGUCCAAAAUCAGUGCGGACGUGAACUCGGUGGGGUGUACAAAGUCCUCUUUUGCGGUUCUCCAUGUUAGUUGUGCCCCUUGUUUCAAAUUUGGGUUGUAUACCUACUUGGGGCCAUCAGUAAAUAAAAAAUAAAAAAAACAAGAAUCCAAAAUUGUGGAGUGUACAGUGAAAGCAAAAAUAGUCUCCUGAGUCCCAACAGGGUUCUGUUCAGCUGACCUAGCCGGGGCAAGGGAAGGGGGUUGCCCAGCAGUGGGGGAAGUCCAGAGCCUGGGGUACAUAUGUUGUGGUGUAAGGUAGUCUGGCAGCUGUCUGUGCCUGCAUGGAUCCUUGCUGGUGUUCUCUGUAGUGUUGUGUUGCAUCCUUGCUCUGGUGGCGAGUUAUAGUCUUCUGCGGGUAAGUGGCUUGUGUCCUUAGGUUGUGAUCGCCGCGUAUGUGUCAGGUGUGGAGCUCUGGGAGAUGAAUGGGGUGAUCCAUUCUGGAUUCCAGAUGUGGGUGCGGGUUGGGGAGCUUUUAUUGUUGUCAGCUGGUCCUUCUGGGGGUAACGAGUCCUGAGGCAGACCUAAGGAUUGCAGCAUGGCCGGAGCGUCCUGGAUGUCUCGGAUAGUGUGUAUGUUCGAUCCUCGUUGGACUGUCAAUGCUCUGGAGGGCCGCCAGCGGUAAUCUAUCUUGCGUGCGCAGAGUACUGAGGUGAGCGAUCUGCACCAGGCCACGGUGCCAUUGGACAGGUCUGCAUAAAACGAGAGAUCCAUGCUCUCAAAGCGGUAGGUGGUUCUGCUGCGGAGGGAAGCUAUGAUCACUGCCUUGUCUCUGCCGCUGCGGAGGGUGUCAGUGACGUCCCUCGUGGCUGGGGGUGGUGCGCUUUUUGGUUUAGGGACUCUAAAGACCUCUUCUGAGGUGGUUAUGGUGGUCUGUCUGUUUAGCAAUAUUGUCGUUAAUUGGCGCUCCAUAAGUUUAGGCAGUUCGGCCUCUGGGAUGUCCUCGGGGAAUCCCCUGAUUUUGAUGUUGGAGCUCCACCUGGCAUCCUCCAAAUUAGUGAGGCAGUGUUCGUAUUGCUGGGUUUGCUGUUUUAGGUCUAGCAUGGUGUGUUGCAGUGUGGCGAUAGUUUGGUGAUGCGGCCUGUCAGGUCUGCACAGAGCGCGGUGACAUCUUCGUGGAAGCUUUUUUUCAGAUCUGCUAGCAGUGCUUUCAUGACCGCUGUGCUAAUCGGUUCUGAGCCUGCCUCCAGUCCUCGGUGUUUCAUCUUCCGUAGUGGGUUAGAGGGCUGUGGGUGCUCCUCCUCUGCGUCGUCAGGCAUAUCCUCCGAGAAAUCCGAGCACCCGCCAUGUAACGCCGCCAUGCUUGUUUCAGUGGCUCCUCGUGUUUGCCUCCACAUCUCCCCGAUCGUGUGUCACGGGGUGGGCUUGUUUGGUAUAGUUUUCUUCCCUUUUCUCCCCAUGUGGUCCUAGGGUGUUUGCCCUUUGGUUGGGGUGUGAGGGAGGUUAUUCUGAGCGUUUUUCCCCGUGUGAGUCUCGGAGCUCUCCGUGCUUGCGACUGUUCGCUUCGGUGUUCAGGCUCCGCCCCCCCACAAAGACCUAUUUUUUAACACGUUCUCCUAGUCUAUAUAUAGCCUAGGAAAUCUGCUAGAACAUUGUAUAGAUUAAUUGCUGUGCGUUUUUAAAAGAGAGUAUGUUGUAACUGGCAUAAAAGGCACUCUAUAAUUAUGGGAAUUAUACUUUUUUUUCCUCUACUCUAUUAUUUGGAGAAUUCCUAUCCAACAAAACAGUUUAUCAGAACUGCUCCCAAUUGGUGCCUAUAUUACCACGUAUAAUUGUUUUUAUGCACGUAUAAUUGUUUUGUGCCCUUUUCUCUGUUUACUCUUUUACUAUAAUCCAUUUUAAGAACUAACAAAUGCCAAACAAUUCACAGUUUAAUUGCAUAUAUAUAUAUAUAUAUAAUCCCUUAUUUCACUAAUUAUUGUCUGUAGUUAUGUCACAAAUAUUUUGCACUCGCAAAUGUUCACUUUUACAGCAAACGUACCACAAUUUAAAAAAAACGUAAUCUCGCCAAACUGUGUUAUGCUUUUACUCUCAGUAUUAAGUUACCCAGACUACACAGGUAUGAAGCAGGAGGGAUUCUUAGAAAGUUACUGUGUGCAAGAGUUAUUUCAAAUUGAUUAAUUAUAUGCACCUAUGCUGCUAAUGCAUGUGUGUAACUGUGAAGUAUAGAGAAGGUAUGUCCUAAAUGGUCUUUCUAUAACCAAUAUGGCUCCAUACAAAACAAGAUGCCCUUAACUACAAAUUAUCUUAUGCUGACUGCCAUUUUUAUUACCAAUUCAAACAGACCUAAAUAAAAAUUGUUGUUUUGAAUGGGCAGUUAGAACUAAAGAUUAUGCUUAGUCUCCAUUAUCAGGGUUAUUUUCUCAAAUGAGAAUUUCUAAGAGAAUUUAAAAUUUAAGACUCAAGUAGCUAUUCAGUAGUGAUUUGAAAUUGUCAUGGUGCCUAUAGUUUGUAUGUACUGAGUUUAACCCCUUUGCUGUCAGAGGUUUAUCUCCACCUAUAGCUAUGGCAUUGGGCCGUCAUUAGCCCACAGAAGAGCUCUGGUUGGCUAAUGCCGAUUAUGUGCAGAUAUUGAUGCACAGUGGGACCAUCAUUGGCUUCAAGCUUCUAAAGGAGCCUCAGGGACCCAGGUAAUAGGGAAAAACAUUAUCAUUACCAUUAUCGAUGAACCAGGCCAGGGUACUCUUGGCAUCAUAACAAUUACAACAUUGGUUUAGAGAAAAAGAUUUAGUAGUUUUUUCUUCAAGAAACAUAUUUAUAAUUACAGUACAUCUUUAAUUUCCACUGGAAAUCCCUCUGAUUAGUUGACAGCUGCGACUUUCUAGCUUUUCUUUGUACUCCACCUCUACUGACCGGUACAACCAGACUAGAAUAUAGUUCUGAUGGCUGAAAUGAUGAAGAAUUGAAAUAUUAUUUGAAAAACACAAGAGUUUAUUCACUAAAUAGUUGAGAUUAUUUAUUAAACUCUGAAUUGCAAAAUAUAGGGUGAAAUAACCAAAUUGGAAAUAUCUCCAAGUCUCAUCUAGAAUGUUGAUAUUGAUAUUAUCAACUCACUGUUUUGUAAAUAAAGUGCAUAGUGAAUAUAGACUUGCUAGAAUGUUUUCCUAGGCAGGAUCUAAUGGCAUUUCCCUAAUUUCAAGUAUGUCCUGGGAAUAUAUGUGUUUGCGCCAAAAAUUUUGGGCUUGUGUAAAAUACUCACACGUUUAAAAGACCACUAUAGUGCCAGGAAAACAUACUCGUUUUCCUGGCACUAUAGUGCCCUGAGGGUGCCCCCACUCUCAGGGUCCCCCUCCUGCCGGGCUCUGGGGAGAGGAAGGGGUUAAACUUACCUCUUUCUCCAGCGCCGGGCAGUGAUUUUCACAGUGAGAAGCACGCAAGUGCCUCUAGCAGCUGUCAAGAGACAGCCACUGGAGGCUGGAUUAACCCAUUUAUAAACAUAGCAGUUUCUCUGAAACUGCUAUGUUUAUAAUUAAAAAAAAAAAAAAAAAAAAGGGUUAACCCUAGCUGGACCUGGCACCCAGACCACUUCAUUAAGCUGAAGUGGUCUGGGUGCCUAUAGUGGUCCUUUAAGCUUCAAGAUUGUGGUUUUCCUGUAGAUUUUUGUGCAGUUUAGGUGCAUUUCUUUUUCUUCUUUUGUCAGUUAAAAUUCAGAACACCUGCUGUUGCACAAUGCAACGUGAUGCAAUAUAUAUAACAGGGCAAAAAAAAUUAGUCGUAUGCUACUAGCCAGACAGUAAAAGUUACUUGCCACUGAAAACCAUAGAAUUACUCACCAGUGGUGGUUUUAUUCUCACCAGGGCUAGUUUCGAUUUGAAAUAUCUAUAUAAUUUAGAAUAAUUCUAAAUAAGAUUUAAUUAUGUGUGUAAAUAAAUGGCUAGUAAUCUUUCACUGGCCAUUAAACACAGCAUGUAUAUUAUAUAUACAGAAAACCGAGCAUAUAGAAUAUAGCAUCUAGCUAUAUAUUUCUUAGAAUAUAUUUGUGAUGAAUGAUUUUUUUCUUAUUUAAUGGACAUAAGACAUAUUUUUUCUGAAUAUCAUAUAUGAGUAACCAGCACCAUCCUAUUUGCAGCUUGCUGCCCUAUUGGGUUUGACAACUCAGAUGGGCUAUUACUUGAAUUGCAGGGCCAGGUUUGAUGAUCUAGGUCCUGAUUUAGUCUUUGACAUGAUCUGGAAGAUUGUUUUCUGAUGCUCCUAAUAAUGAGGUUGGUAGAAACCAUUGUAGCACAUUGCACAUGCCAAAAAAUCUGAGUUUGCAGUUAGAGAUUUUUAAGGUAGAUGUUAAAGGAACAAUCUAAGCACCAUAACAACUACAACACUUUGUAUUGGUUAUGAAGCCAGCGUACACUCCAGUGAAGUAGUCAGAUUGUUUAGUAACAACCGUGCUUAACUCAUUGGCAGAGUUUCCACCUGUGAGGAGGCAGGGAGUAGUGCUCCGCCGAAUUCACGUAAGAAGUCAAACUAAACCCCAGGGCUCUUCUAGCAUCAUAACCACUACAGCAUGAUUUAAGCUGUACAUUUAUUCAAUCCAUUAUGUAUCAGUUUAUGGUCAAUGUGAUGAUUUUUAUUUGAUUUGUUGAGAGCACAAUGGACACUUCAUCAGACCUAAAGUUAAUGUAAAACCAUUAUAAAUCAUGCAUUUCUUUAGUUCAUAACAUAGGAAAAUACGUAACUCUUCUUCUAAUCGGUUUGUAAAUAUUACAAUCUACUCAUCUUGUUCCUUUUUUGAUAGAUCAUUCAUAAUUAUUUACUCAAAUAUGUUUUAUGUGUUUACCUAAUUCACAUAUUCAAGAAAUGCACGCUUCAGUGAGCUAAGCCUAUGGAACUAAAGGUUUGUGACAUUUAAAUGUCCCAUAAUAUAUGCCUGUCUGCCUCAAUAAAUAACGUAAAGGUUAAAGCUUCAUAGAAAUUAACUGCAGUAACAGAAGCAAUGCAUCACACAAAGCUUUGUUUGUGUUCCUGUACUUCUUCUUUUGAGUUAUGGAUUUUGUUUUUAUUGUAUUGUGUUUUUCAUUAGUUUUUAAAUGUCGUUGCAAGGCUAAGAAUGAUUUAAAAGGACACUAUGGUCACAGAACCACUACAGCUUAACGUAGUGUUUCUGGUGUCUAUAGCCUGUCCCUGCAUGCUUUUUAAUGUAAACUCUGCCUGCUGCCUAGGAACACCUUUAGUGGCCACUAGAGGUGCUUCCUAGACCAGUGCUGCAUAGUGUCUUGCAUGGAGAUGGCGAACAUUCCUAAUAGAGAUGCAUUGAAUCAAUGCGUCUCUAUGAGGCGAUGCUAAUUGGCGCAGCACAGCUUUUUGCCGCGCAUGCACAAUAGCCUCCUAAUACUUUCCUGUGGGAAAGCACUAGAUUGACUGAAAUCAUAAAGUUUGAUCUCAGCUGUAGAGGCAUUGCCAGCUGCAGCAAGACCCACACGGUGUGGAAGAAAAAAUUAGCUUAAACACUGUUUUACUGCACAGUGGGGGUGCCGGACACUUAAAUAGUCAUUUGUUUUAUGUGUGUGUUCCUGACACUAUAGUAUUCCUUUAAUGCUAAUAACUCUGUGUCAGGCAUUUUUUUUUCCUUAAUGUUCUUUGUUUCCACAGAAUUACAUUUUUAAUGACUCUUCAAAACCUUUAGGGGGUUACUCCAAUCAAAAUCCAUUAAAAAAAAAAAAGAAAAUACUCAAAAUUACUGGUUUUGGUUAGAGUAACUCUUGCAUAAAUGUACCUCUGCUCCGGAGCCAAGGCCAAGUUCUCCCCUCCACCUGCUCCUCCUCCGUUGAUCUGUCUGAAUGCCAGGGGUUUAGGGGAGGAAAUGGGUGGCUAAAGGGAAAGUGCUGCCAUUAGCUGUCUGUAACAUGCUGUGCUAAAUUUGCACGGAUUUCACAUUAGCCAGUCCAAAAUUCUUAUUUCUGGCUUACUGAUGACGCCACAAAGAUGUUGCUGAAGUUACACCUCCGGCAGCAUAGAGGUUAAACUCUGUAUGUGCAGCAUUAAGCGUUCUACAGCAAAACGGCCUACAUACAGACUCCAGGCGCAAUGACCAUUUCACGUUAUUAAAGUGGUCAUGGAACUUGGAGUAUCCCUUUAAGUUCAGAAAAUGUAUGAUGCAUUCUGUAAUACAUGUGCUUACAUUUAUAAAGUACUGUGUUUAUUUUGUUACUGGAUUUUUUUCAACUAAUAAUUGUUAUACAAUGUAGUGUAAUGGAGCGUGUGUAUAUAUAUAUAUAUAUAUAUAUAUAUAUAUAUAUAUAUAUAUAUAUAUUAUUUAUUUUAUAUAUUGUAUGUAAAUAAACCAAAGGUUUUAAUGUCUUCUUGGCAGAUUGACUCCAUGAAAGAUGACAGAGGAGGUCAUUGUCAUUGCCAAGUGGGAUUAUACGGCACAACAGGAUCAAGAACUUGCUAUAAAGAAAAAUGAACGCCUGUGGCUACUUGAUGACUCCAAAACGUGGUGGAGAGUAAGGAAUGCUGCAAACAAAACUGGAUAUGUGCCAUCAAACUAUGUUGAACGAAAGAAUAGCUUAAAGAAAGGAUCCCUUGUUAAAAAUUUGAAGGAUACGUUGGGUAAGACAUCUUAUCUUUUUUUUUUUUUUUUUAAAUAAGGAUGUUAUCAUCAAGCCUCUCACAGGAAAUCUACAUAAUUAUUUAACACAUUGUAUAAUUCCUCACAGUCUGCAGGAUGAGUCAGUUUAGGAGAAUUGCUGAAUCUGAUAACUUGACAGCUUGUUGGAUCAGGAAAGCGUCCGGACAUAUAGGGGGAAAAUCCGCUGGGUGGCGAAAAAAAAAGAUACCACACUGAGCUCGUUCAUCCGAUAACAAAUAUGGGGAAUCGUGUCAGUGGUGUAGGGUUGUAGUAGAUAGUAGUGGGUAGCUAGUAGCAAGCCAGGUCAUCCCCCCAGCUCCAGGCCUGAUUGAAGGUCGGCAUCACUGGGCCACUAACUCGGGGGCACCUGGAGUCUGAGUCUUUUACAACUGGGGAAAAGCUGAAGGUCUUGCUGUUCCUUCGCCACCUGUGGCGAUCGGUUCUCCACUUGCGUGGAUGAUGCACGGGCGCAGCACCCUUGUUGGCCUCAGGCCUAGACGGGCCAGAGUGAAGAUUAUCAGGCUUCUUUGCCAAGGUUGCGUCCGAGGGUGUCCCAAUCAUUCUCCGGCUUCCACGUCUCCGACCACCCAUCAGAUCCCGGGACAGGGUUGCAGUUCUGCUUGCCUCUAUGGCCGUUCAGAAGCGGUCAAACAGCUCUUCCAGCUGCCUCCACAUUCGUUCCGUAGAACCAUGCUAUGCUGCGUGGAUAGAGCAAGUCCCCAAGCAUGCUCCAGGACAGAGAGGUUUAAGACCCCAGUCAAGUCACGGCGACUGGGGGGGCAGAAGCAAUGCGGUUUGUCUCCUGUUCCAGCUAGGAAGCGGCCCUUGGCAGAGGUACCCAGCCGGGGUACAGGGAGCUCUGUUACACUAUCAGUAAAUUAUUCAGUGUAUUUGCUUGUUCUCCAAGCUAACAAUGGUGCACGUUGCCUUUUGUAGUGUGUGUACAGUGGCAAGAAAAAGUAUAUAAAUCUUUUGAAAUUAUUUGCAUUUCUGCAUAAAUUGGUCAAAAUGCAUAAUCUAGUCUUCAUCAGUCACAAGUAUAGACAAACACAAUGUGCUUAAGCUAACAACACACACAUUAUAAGCUUUCAUGUCUUUAUUGAACUCAUCACAUUAAACAUUUAUAGUGCUGCAGAAAAAGUAAGUGAAUAGCUAAUUGAUCCACCUUUGGCAGCAAUAACCUAAUUCAAGCGUUAAUGGUAGCUGCGGAUUAGACUUGCUCAACUUUCAGGAGAAAUUUUGGAUCACUCUUCCUUACAGAACUGUUUCCUUAUAGCCAUUUUUUAGGAUGUCUGGUGUAAACAGCUCUCUUGAGGUCAUUAGACAGCAUCUCUAUGGGGUUAAAGUCUGGGCUGUGACUGGGCCAUUCCAAAAUGCAGUUUAUCUUUUCUUUCUAAGCCAUUCUGGUUGGUGUCCUGCUGCAACACUCAACUUCUGCUGAGCUUCAGCUGGCAGACAGUUACCCUAUUAAUAUUCUGUAGGAUGUCUUUACAACCUGGGAAUUCAUUUUAUCCUUGCAAGUGAUCCAGGUCCGAAGCGGCAAAACCACCUCAAAUCAUUAUGCUACUUUCACCCUAUUUAAACGUUGGAAUGAUGUUCUCAUAUUGGUAUGCUGUACCCCUUUUUUACGCCAUACAUAGUGCUGCAUGUUCUUCCCAUAAGUCUAUCAGUCUUCCCAUCAGUCUACAAAACAUUUUCCCAGUAGCCUGGUAAAGUGUCAUGGUGGCAAACUUCAGUGGCGCAGCAAUGUCUAUAAUAAUAAUUAAAGCAGUGGCUGUUUCCUGGUAUAUUGCAGUGGACACCAUGCCUGUUCAGCAUUUUCCAUAUAUUCGACUCAAAAACAGAGAUGUUAACCAGUUGCAGUGAUUUCAUUAAGAGUUGUGAUUUGGCCCUUGAAUCCUCUUGACUGGACGGCCACUUCUGGGGAGAGUAGCCACAAUACUAAUUCAUCUCCAUUUGUAGACUGUUUGUCUAACAAUAUACCGAUAAAUAUCUAAGCUCUUUGAGAUAACUUUGUAACCCUUUUCAGCUCUAUGCAAGACAACAAUUCUUGAUCACUGGACUUCAAGAACUCUUUUUUUUCUUUUUAGCUUUCUUGAGCGCUUUUUGUGAAUAGCAGAUGUGUUUUAUUCCCCACCUCCUAUAGACUGUAAGUUUUCUUGUAAUUGUCCUAUAUAUAUAUAUUUUUUAAUUAUUUAUUUCAAGGUUUUUGUUUUGUGGGGUGGGGAUACAGAAAAGAAGAGGAAAAGGGUAAAAAUGCAGGCUCAAUUACAAUGCAUAUCUUACAUUUGUCUCAUUGAUGAGUACAUGCAAAAUAUUCCAAUACGCAGUGUUUUGUCUGACAGUUGUAACAUACUUCAGACUGUUAACAUUUAGCAAGUUUUAACCAUAGGCUGAGCGUAGUGGGGUAUUCAAUGCAACUGCAGGUUGGUACUGUUGGGGAGGGGGAAGGUUAGAGGCUGUCGGGGGGGGGGGGGGGGCUUUCCUUUGUUUUUUAUAAAUCCUUUGUUUCAAGGGUUUUGGGGUUGCUUUCCUUUUGAGUCCUGUUUGACCUUUAGAGUGUAGGUCAGUCUGUGGGGGUUAGUUGGGGUUUUGAUGCGAUGGUGUUUGUUAGGUGUAUAGUCCUGGUUUUCCAAGACCUUAGUUGUCGUUUGGUCGUGGCUGUGCAGUGGUGUAUGACAUGAUGGCCCUUGUCAGAUGCUUUCUCUGCAUGGUAUGGCUUUAGUUGUUACAGAAGUGUGGUGAGGGUGGUUAGGUGGUGGUGGGGGGGGGUGAGUAGUAGGUUUGGGGUGGGGUUUAGGAGUUAGGAAAGCCUCUGCGGACGAUUUUUGUAUUUGCCUCGGCCCUUCAUGAAGGAAGAGGAAAAUCUGGUAACCAUGGUUCCCAAAUUUUGUCGUAGUGUUUGGUGUCAUGUAUUAGUGCAGAUAGGCCGUACAUUUUUCUGUCUUUGUGUACUUUGCGUUUUACUGUAUCUAUAGAGGGGACAUCUGGACUUCCCCAUUUUUCUGCAAUACCUCUCCUUGUGGCCAAUGCAAUUUAGUGAUCAGUUUGUUUUGGGCUCUUGGGGUUUUCUUGUGGGGCUUGGAGAGGAGCCAUAUCCAUGGGUCCAAGGGUUGUAAUUGUCCUAUUUAUAGUUAAAUCCCCCCUCUCAUAAUAUUGUAAAGCACUACAGAGUCUGUUAGUGCUAUAUAAAUGGCAAUAAUAAUAAUAAUAGCAAACAAAAUGUUUGAGUGCUUUUUAUAAUUCAAAGUAGGUCUAACCCACACCUCCAAUCUCUUAAUUUGGACACCAAGUUUGCCAAUAUCUAACUCUAAUUAGCUUUUGUUGAAGUCCUUUACCAAGGGUUUCACAUACUUUUUCCAACCUAUACUGUGAAUAUUUGAAUGAUAUAAUCCAUAUGUACAAGAACAAUAUUUUGUGUUUUACUAGCUAUAACGGAUUGUUUGUUGAUUACCGUAACUUAGUUGAUCAUCAAAACAGAUUUUAAGACAAAUUUAUACUUAAGUGCAGUUUAAAGGGUUCACAUACUUUUCCUUGCCACUGUAUAUAUGUGUUUGUAUGUAGUUUAUAAGUAUAUAUGCCUAUCCCUAUUUCAAGGAUGGUUAGAAGGGACUGUCCCUAUUUUGGUGUGAAAUACUUCUGUCCCUUGUUUCUAUCCUAAUGUCCCUCAUUUCUGCAAGGUCCAUAUUCUUGGUGUGUUUGAGUGUUUAACAGAGCUCCGCAGUAGUACAAUUCACAGGAAUAUGUUUUUAAGUGCAAUGUGUAUAGAAAUUGGUCUGUGGAAAUAAAGAUGAUUGUUUUCUAAAUUACAUUUUAGUUACGUUAUAUACUAGAGUAUAAGUCGACCUGCAUAUAAACCGAGGCCCCUAAUUUUACCACAAAAACUUGUUGACUCAAGUAUAAGCCUAGGGUGGGAAAUGCAGCAGCUACUGGUAAAUUUCUAAGUAAAAUUAGAUCCCAAAAACAUUACAUUAAUUGAAUAUUUAUUUACAGUUUGUGUGUGUGUUUGUGUAGUGUGUGUAUAUAAUGAAUGCAGUGUGUUUGUGAGUAGUGUGUGUAUAUAAUGAAUGCAGUGUGUUUGUGUGUAGUGUGUGUAUAUAAUGAAUACAGUGUGUGUAUAUAAUGAAUGCAGUGUGUUUGUGUGUAGUGUGUGUAUAUAAUGAAUGCAGUGUGUGUAUAUAAUGAAUGCAGUGUGUGUGUAUAUAAUACAGUGUGUGUUUGUAUGAAUGCAGUGUGUAUAUAAUGCAGUGUGUGUGUGUGUAUAUGAAGCAAAGUGUGUUUGUGUUUGGGUGGCAUUUUUAUUAUUUUAAUAUUUUAUUUUAUUAUUUAAGAGUCUUCUGUUUUUGGGCUUGAAACAAUCUCGCCCCUCCCUCCCUCCCAUGCAAGAAAAUACUGCACACCAAGAUACUUUACUAGAGGGAUCAGGGACUAGAAUGAUUAAAUGAUCGGCUUUAUAAUAAUUAUUUUAAUUGUUUAAAAAAAAAUUUGUCCCCCCUCCCUGCUUGUUGCCUGGCCAGGGAGGGAGGCUAUAUGAUUCCCUGGUGGUCCAGUGGCAUUGGCUGUUCAGUGGGGGGGCCGGAGCAAGCUGUUACUUACCUUGGAGCAACCCAUGGCAGCGCUCUGACGGCCGCGGGUCUCGCAAGAUUUACACUGGGGAAGCUGACCGGAGCUGCUACAAAGGUAAGUAACAGCUUGCUCCGGCCCCCAACAGGACCGCUGAGCUUGUAAUGUAAGUUGCCAUAAUACAGACAGUGACUCGAGUAUAAGCCGAGGGGGGCUUUUUCAGCACAAAAAAAUUUGCCGAAAAACUCGGCUUAUACGCGAGUAUAUACGGUACAUAAAUUAUUUCACCAAAAAUUCUCUGAACAGCCAACACUCAUGUUUUUGGAACAGGUUAUCCCAGAGAUAUUAUUUUCUGUUAACACAGACUUGACUGUAUUUUACUUGUACCUUUUUAUUACAUUUAUUUUAGGGUUAGUGUUUAUUUUAUCUUAGCUUAGGCCCUAACAUCAACAACUCUGCUUGAAUAGCAGAAUGUAGUCUCAUAUCCAGCCUUAAAAUUACCCGAAGUUGACUGAAAUUAAAUUGCCAGCAAUAAAUAGUAGCUGCUGCCCAGGAGCAUAACCUUCAUAAAUCUUGGACAGGCCAUGACAUGUAUGUCCUAAUUGUUGUUUGACUAAACAUUUUUUUUUUUCAAUUUGACAAUUUUUAUUGUUUUUGGGAUACAGAAGGAAAGGGGGGUUAGUGAAUGGUACAAUGACAUACGAUUCAUAACAAUCUUCGUAGGGUUGGUAUUGGGUACAGAAAGUUCAAACGGGGGGGGGCGGAUGGGCGUAGGGUUAUAUAGUCAACCAUCUUUCGGGUAUCACCCCCCGUCUGGGGGUGACUGUUGCUGCCUGGGCCUAUUGCCUCCUGUCUGCCUGUGGGGCUGGGUGUCUCUUAAGGUUUCAGGGCUUGCCGUUCCGGGGUCGUCCCUUCGGUGGGUCUGACUGAGUUUGUGGCUAGUCUGUACCUGCGUUUCUUGGCGGGUUUUUUGGUCUGCUUGUCUUAGUCACUGUGUGUCAAGGGGGUGUGAGAUCCCCAGCUGUUAUACCUUUGGAUUAUUUGCCCUAUUUGCUGACUAAACAUUUUAGAAAGGAGAGAAAGGAGGAUGGUUAUCCAGGUGUAAAAUCUGUAUCUUACUAUAUGCAUUUUGACUAUAUCACAAAAUCUUGAAAGUGUUUCUUAUUAUUGCAAGUAGAAGGCAUGCUCAGCAUAAUGGCAAAGUGUUUUCCCCAAUUUUAUAUGUGUUCCUGGAUAUUAUUUUGCUAGAAAUUGGAGAACUAUUCAUUUAAGCGCCUGUAGUCACACUGUUUUAUUUAUUUAUUUAUUUAUUGCCUUUGAUAUGUGCUAUAUCAUAGCACCAUUUAUAUGUGCUAUGGAAGCCACACUGAUAUUGCUUGCUUACCAUACCUCAAGGAAUCACAUUGAAUCAACAAAACCUUCACCUCUAAUCCCCGAGGUGAGACAGGGGAGGGAAGUUAGGGAGGGAAAAUACUCGCCUCCUGCCAUUAUUAAAAUUAUUAGUACACUAAAGCUAGUAUAAUCUUCAAUUUUACAACAUGACAGGAGGCUUCCUAUUUUGCAUUUUUAAUGCUGAAGCAGAGAAAACCCAGCCGAAGGAGGCGUGCAAAAAUAGAAGGUACGGAAAGUAGAUUCGUGUGACCAAUCCGCCGCUCGAAGAAUAUCCGCCAGGGACGCGCCCGCCAAGAAGGCAGAGGAAGUGAGCCCCGAACGAGGGUUCCACCCCCGCGAGAGAAAGUAUCCAACGAGCCAAUGUGGUAACCAAUACUGGGCCAUGAGGUUUAACAUACGAUACGAGGAGUUGACCCGAAGCAGAGCUCCGCAAAGGAGCGGAGAUGGCCACGUAUCUAAGCAGGGCCGAGAAUACGCACAGUCGAGGGUCAUUUGGAAAAAAGGGGUUAAUUAACCGACGUAGAAUCUGACUUAGUACGCUGAGAAAUACGGACGGUAACACCAUCUUGGGCGAUGCAAAAAGCAUCCAUGUCGAAAGCCCGAACAUCGGACACCCUACGAAACGAGACCAGGCAAAGCAAGAAAGCGAACUUAGCAGACAGUUGCCGAAGGGACAAGCCCUCGUUAGGCCAGUCUCUGAGAAAGCGUAGUACCAACCUGAUGUCCCAGAGGCGGGUGUACUUGGGGCCCGGGGGGGGUAGGGGGGGCGGCGAAGUCGCAUACCCCAGAGUAGGUGGCAGACCAGGGGAUCCUUACCCACUGGGAGGUCCCCUAUGGGAGUAUGAGCCUCGGAAAUUGCUGAACGAACUACGUUAACCGAGCGAUAAGAUUGGCCCGCCAAAAAUCAAGAAGAUAGGAAGUUCAAGAUCGUGGGUACAGGGGCUGUAAACGGAUCUGAGUCCCGUUCCAUGCACCAAGCGGACCAGGAGGUCCAAGCCAAAAGGUAGCAGCGUCUCAUCUCGGGAGCCCAGGAGUGCCAUAGGAGUUCUUUAGCAGCCCAUGAUAGUCCGCCGACCUGCCAGGAACCCCGGAAAGAGUCCAAGCCACCAGGGGCAGACGGCCUGUAUGGAUACGGAAAGGAGUCCCACGAUUCUUUCCAAGUAGCGCAGAGGGAUGGACUCGCAGCGGAGGACUUUGCGGAUCUCCUUCCGAAUAGACAAGAUCUUUGAUGAUGGUAGUCUCAGAAUGCAGGACAUGGAAUCGAUCUAGAAACCUAGAAAUAGAAUCGACGGAGAAGGACUCGUUGCAGAUUUUGUGCGGUUUACGACGAAACCCAGGGAUUCCAACAAUUCCAAACGGUGAAACGAGUGUGUUGUCGCAGUCUGAACUCCUCGGAGCAGAAGAGGAGGAUAUCGUCCAGGUAGAUAAUGCAGCGGAUGCCCCUGGAGCUUGGUGAAACACCAAGGGGUGGAGCUGAGUCCAAAAGGGAGGCAGGUGAAUUGCCAAGGUUGGCCGUGCCAUAGGAAUCGCAGGAGUGUAUGACAGUCCGGCUGCACCGGGACUGACCAGUAUGUGUCCUUUAGGUCUAGUCUUGUGAACGAGUCGUGGUCUCGGAGGAGGUCCCGAAGGAGAUGGAUGCCCUCCAUUUUGAAUUGGCGAUAUCUGACGUGUGCGUUGAGGUCUCGCAAAUUGAUUACCGGUCGGAAUUCUCCCGUCUUUUUCCGGAUCAGAAAAAUAUUGCUGAAUAAACCUCCAAAAUCGAUGGCCAGUUGGAUGGCCCCUUUGUCCUGCAGUUCCUGGAGUUCCACGUCGAUGAGAUGGCGGUCGUGGGCCGAGAAGUGAAUAGGGCGUGGUAGAGCACCCUGCGCGGGGGUCCCCACGAGGUCUAUUCGGUAUACCUCGACCUCACCUGGGGUGAAGCGGGAACGUCCGCGAGGUCCACGACCUCUAGUCGAGCCUCUUGCGUAGGUGAACUGUGGCCUGUAAUCCCUUGAGGGAUAGAAUGGUGGAGGUUGGGUGGAGCAGGGGCCUGAGGGCCAAAAACGGCUUAUGGCACGGGGUUACCACUUAAGACUUUGCGCAUAGAGGAUUGCGCUUUGUUGAGGGACGUAAAUACGUUCACAUGCAUAUUUCGUUCCUUGAGGAACGCUUCUCCAAACAACCUUCCUUGUGCCUGGGGCCCUAUUUCCUUAGUGCCUAGUUCUGCCAAUUUACCAUCUAUGGUACCAAUAGUGCUGCUGUUCGCCUCUCAGAAGAGAGCGAAAAGUUAGCAUUUCCCAUAAAGCAGAAAUAUCUCUGCGCCCACUCUCGUAUGUCGUGUGCCCAUUCCCUGACAUUAUCGGCUGUGAACGAGUCAGCUUUUGCAUAGGCGUCGUCCGCCUUGUACAUGAUGCGGGAGAGGGGGCCUAUGGCAUACAGCAGCUUGUCCUGUGCUCUCCAAAGUCCUUUCUCCAGUCCUUUACGAGGGUCACGUCCGCCCCUCAUCAUAAAGGUCGACAUCACCUUAUCAAAUUCAGGCGUCUGAGCCACUUUGUCUGGCAGGGAAGGGCGUGGGCAUUCCGACCGUAGUCGGCUCCGGACCUCCUUGUCCAGAGGUUUACGGAGCCACAUGUGUAUAAAUCUGGCAAUGUGCUCCGGAGGCGGCCACUCCCCUGACCGGGGGUUUCGAAUAUUGCGUGGGUCAAGCAUAGCUUGGCCCAUAGGAUCCAAGAUGGUGUCCGAGUCAAGAGGGAGGUCUGCCUCCGCAGGAUCGUCCGCUAUGUCUGUCUGGGCCGCACCCAAUAUGGUCUAACGCAUAAAAGCGGAGAUAGAUUUAUCCUCCGAACCCCAAUCGUUUACCUCCGAUUCCGAUAAUUCCGCCUGCCAUUCGUCUAGGACGGACAUUGAGGGUGACAGUGCUCGUUCGUCUUCUGAGGAGGGGUCCUGACGUGGGGUCGGGGUACGGAUCUUUUUUAUAUUAUGUUUGGCAGGAGCCUUACCCUUUGAAUUCUUUGGUCUAGCGCCCUCGCCUUUCCAGUGACGUUUAGCCGGGCGAGUGUCACCUCUGGCAUGAGAGUCCCAGGCCUCAGAGUCUGACUCAUGGCGGGACCGUCUGUGGGUGGAGGGAAGCACCUUGGAUAGUGCCUUCUCCACAGACACGGCGACAGCCGCAUUAAUCAUAGAUUGGAAGUCCUCAGGGGUAUUCUGGGAAUCUUGCAUAGUGAUAGGGUAGGCUUGUGAUAAGUCACUUGCUAGGCAAAGUUAACAGGCGUCAAUAUCUCAAUGUGGAUAUGGUAUUGAUCCGUAUUAUAGACCCCAGCAGGGUACAAUUUGGUGGCCAAAUCAAACUGGGGCUCACCCAGUGAAGAGGUAGCAACAGAUGGCCUCUCAAUCAGAAGCACAGUACCUUAGUACAAUAAUGGGGGCUCACCCCAGUUGCACAGGGAUUGAGACUCUUAAGUGCAGGCCACAAAUAUAUAGCAGUACUGACCUGAAUGACCCCAGCCAGCAGGAUACUGUGGACAGAUGUGGAUGAAGUUGGAGACUUGAUGGGAGUUCUAGUCCUCAAAUCAAGGUAAGUAUAUCCAAACCAAGUGAAUCACAAGUAUGUGUGAGCAUCCAGUGUGUCCCAGUAUACUUGUGGAGGUGAAAAUGGCCGCCCAGAUCUCGCGAGAUGCGAUAUCCAAGAUGGCCGCCGCAAGAUGAGAGAAGGCCGCAAAAGCCGCGGGCUGUAGUAAGCUUGAUCGUGGCAAAAUUUAAUCUGGUCCGUCGGUGCCACGAGCGACCCUUGCUGCAGCUCCAUUCUUCUUCUAAGAGAUGAUCAGUACCUACUGUCUCCCAGUCAAUCCAGUGCUUCUCACAGAGAACCAUUGGAGGGCAGGGCACGUGUGGCCUUCACUGUACUGCACGUGUAGUGUUUCUCACAGAGAAGCAUUGCCUUCCACUUUGUGCUACAGCUGGUCACUUUCUCCCACAAUCAGAGGGAGUCAGAAAAGGCACAGGAGUGGAGAGAACCGAAGAGAGAGACAGCUGCACUCAUAUCAACCUCCCCAGCAUCAGCAGGACCCCAAGGAAGCCACUUGCACACAAAAGGUAUGUUAACAGGAGGGUGGCUACAAAUAAAUAUAUAUAUAUAUAGUAUGGCAUGUUUGUAUGUGUCAGUGUGUAUAUCUGUCUGUCAGGCGUGUGUGUAUGAAUAUCUGUGUAAGUUUGUAUGUAUUUGGCAGUGUAUAUGUGCAUACAUCCACCAAACACCAACACAACAUACAACACAUCCCUGCAAUCAAACACAAACAUUGCAUAUAAUUUUAGAAUUUGGAUGCAGGGUUGUGUUUGUAUGUAAACACACCCCUUCAUUCAAACACCAAAACCACACCUGCAUUGAAAAGCCAACACUAUAUACAAACAUAACCCCGUAAUCAAAUGCAGACAUUACAAACAAACACACCCCUGUGUUAAAACACUAAAAUUAUAUGUAAAGAUCAACUCUACACACAAACGUUCUCCUGCAUGUAAAAGCCAACACUACAUACAAACACACCCCUGCAUUCAAACAUAAACACUACAUACAAGUACCUCUUCUACAUUUCAGUGGUAACAAACCACAUACAAAUACACCCCUAAAUGCACACACACAUACUCUAUACAAAAAUAUGUUUACAUUCACAUGCACAAACACUGCUCCCAACCAUGCAAGGAUGGGCUAAUGCAGGACUUGACAAAUUUGUUUGGACUCUAAGAGCCAGCUAAAAAAGUUAGAAGCCAGUCAUUUUCUACGAGAAAAUGCAAUUCUUAAAGGGACACAAAAAGGCAGAGUUUACAUUGCUGCGUAGGCAAAAAGGCAGAGUUUACAUUGCUCAGACGGCCACUAGAGAGUCCUGGAUCAUUGAUGCACCAUGUGCAGCACCCAGGCUCAGUGUCUCCAAGCUCUGCAUGGAGACGCUGAAUGUUCCUCAUAGAGAUUCAUUAAUUUAAUGCACCUCUAUGAGGAGCUGCAAAUUGGUUCAUUUGUUGCACAUGCACAAAAUCCUCCCAAUGCUUUCUUAAGGGAUAGCAUUGGCUUAGCUGAGAUCAUAAAGAUUGAUAAUCUCAGCCAUGGCGAAACUGGCACGGCGUGGGAAAAUUGGAAAAAAGGUGAGUAAAAACACCUUCCUUAUGCGAUCGGAGGGGGCAGGUACCUAAACACACACACACACACUCUGACAGGCUCUCAGACACACACAUUCUGACAGGCUCACAUACGCACUCACACUGACAACAGGCUUGCACGCACACACAAACUCUUGACAGGCUCACACAAACACACUCUGACCGGCUCGCUAACGCACACACACACACACACACCCUGACAGGCUCACAAACACAUUUUUGUUUUAAUUUAAAUCCAUUCAGCCUCCCUACCUUUGGGAGAUCUGAGUGGGUCUUCCCUGGAGUCCAGUGGGGCUGCUCUCUUCCUGUGUGCGAAGGAGCAGUACUCUGCCUGUGUAGCUCCUCUUUGCUCCAUCGCGCUCUGUAAUGAUGCCGGGGCCCGAAUGAUGUCGUAUUGCAGCUGCAAGAGAGCAGCUGCAGGCAGAGUACUGCUCCCUCCGCGCCGCCCACAAUGCUCCUCAGGGCAGGUGGCUGCCUCAAUGCUCGUCAGGACUGGCGCCGAUAUUUUCCCGUGUCGGCCUCCAUCAAAGUUCCCUUGGCGACCACACUUACUAGAGAGCUGGCAAAUCCCAGACGCCAGGGCGAAAUUUCUAGUCACCAUGGCGACCUAGCACCUGGGAUUUGUCGAGCCCUGGGCUAAUGGUAAAUCACCAGCAUGCAUAGCAAUGUGGGAGUUAAACAGAUGGGGCAACCUUUGUGCAAGAGGCGGCCCCAAAAAAAUUCUUGCACCUCGACCCUCUAUACAUUAGUUCUGCCACUGCAUCUGGCUGGCUGACAUCUGAGAAGGUGCAACCUGGGAUCUUUACUAGAUUUCUUUAAUUCAUGUACAGUAGGCUAUAGUAGUUAUGGUGUUUUCUUUUAAUAAGUGCCUGAUGUAAAAUGUUUGUUACCAUCGGCAAGAACUCCGGGACAUAACUAUUUUGUAGAUUUGCCCUGAGAGAUGUCCUUUGUGGUCCUUGUAAUUUAGUAAUUUUCUAGAACGGUUUCCUAUUUAGUGAACCAGGCCAGGUGCUGUGAUUGUUAAAGCAAUGAUCCACACAUGUAUGCUUCAUGGCUUGGCACUCUUUCCAGGAAGGAGAGAGCUCAGCUCAAAGUGUGUGUACCAUUUCCACAUGUGCAUGAUGAAUAAAACUGGUAUCAGGCAGCCAAAAUGGAGCAUUCCAGGUGCUUCAUUAACAGCUCUGAUGGGCUAUCUUUAGAUCUGCAGUGAUAAUUGGUGUGAGAUAUGCAAUAAACAAAGCUGGGUAGAUACAUAAUAUGACCACGGGCUAAGGUGUAUACCAUAUAAUCUGUGAAUGUCUCAAACAAUAAAUUCUAUCUCAUCUGUUUAUCAGUUUUAUUACUAAAGGAUUAUUUUAACCUGCUUUCAUAUAAGUGCUUUAUCAUUUUCAUUUUAAAAGCAUGUUGCAAAGAUAACAGUAAAAUAAAUCUUAUUUUUUCAGGCCUAGGGAAAACAAAAAGAAAGACCAGCAACAGAGAUGCAUCACCCACCCCUAGCACUGAUGCAGAGUACCCAUCCAAUGGUAGUAAUGCUGACCGAAUCUAUGAUUUAAACAUUCCAGCAUAUGUAAAGUUUGCAUAUAUAGCAGAAAGAGAUGAUGAACUGUCUCUUGUGAAAGGAUCAAGGGUCAUCGUUAUGGAAAAAUGUAGUGAUGGUUGGUGGCGUGGGGCUUACAAUGGACAAGUUGGGUGGUUUCCUUCAAACUACGUUGUGGAGGAAGUUGAUGAAGCAACAGCAGACUCCCCUAGUUUUCUUAGUUUAAGGAAAGGGGCCUGUGUGAGCAAUGGUCAAAACACUAAAGUCCUCCAUAUUGUUCAGACACUAUACCCAUUCAGUUCUGUAACGGAAGAAGAGCUGAACUUUGAAAAAGGUGAAAUUAUGGAAGUCAUUGAGAAACCAGAAAAUGACCCUGAAUGGUGGAAAUGUAAAAACUCCAGUGGGCAAAUUGGUCUUGUUCCAAAAAACUAUGUUGUAAUUUUGAAUGAUGGUCCAUCCAUCAACACUCCACAUAUUAAUCAAAUAAGCUACACAGGGCCUUCUUGCAUAGGACGUUUUGCUGGUAAAGGAUGGUAUUAUGGGGGCAUUACCAGACAUCAAGCAGAAUGUGCUCUGAAUGAAAGAGGAAUGGAGGGAGACUUUCUUAUUAGAGACAGUGAGUCUUCGGUGAGUAGUAUUUAAUUUCUCUCUUAUUUGAAACUGUGAUUUAUUUAUUAUAUCAUUGGUAUACACAUAUCUGGCAUUUUGUUCUUAUAUUGUAGUCAAAAUUGUAUGUGACAAACCUAAUCCCAUUAAUUUUAGGCGUGUAGAGUUUUGAUUAAGAUCCGGGCACAGCUAAUCAUUAGAUUCAGUAUAUAUCAAUAUAAAAGUGAGUAAUAUAUUAAAUUUAUAAAGGCAAAUGUGUUUACAUUUAGAAUUAUUCAUAAAAUGUUUUCAGUUAAAGUGUACAUAAAGCUUAGGUUUAAAUUAUAUUUGAUUUAUAUGUUGUGCUGGUAAAUGUUAAUAAGUUAAUUUAGCAUUCAUUAAAACUUUGGCCCUUCUGUUACCUGUCAGCCGAUUUUCAGCAUAGGCCUCUUUUAUGUUGAAUGCAUAGAGGUGUAAGCAGAGGAUCGAGCGACAAAGUAAAAUAGACUGAAAAAUAGUCCAUCAAGCUCAGCCUUUAAAACAGUGUUUGCUUCUGCGGUGGAUUCAAAAAAGAGAUGAAAAACUUAAAUUGAAGUGAAUACCAGUUUUGCCAUUGUAGAAGGUCAGUGAGUGUGUAAAUACAAAUGUAUAUGUGUGUGGAGAGUUAGUGAUCGAGUCACUGAAGUAGGAAUUUCAAAGUGGAUUUAGAGUCACUUGGUGUACACACAGAAAUGACUUGGAGAGAGCUGGCUGCAUGUGAAUUAAAGGGACCAGUAACAUGGCAUGACAGUACAAUUGAAUAUAUGUGUAGAUAUGGACACCAUGCUAUAUCAAAUAAAAUCUGCAAUAUAACACCAUUAUUCAGAUUCUAAAGCUUCAAGUGCAUUAGAAAAAAAAUCAAUAGGUAUGUAAAAAUAAUUGGAAUGGUAAAUGGUUAAGUAAAUUAAUAUAUCAAUAGUUUUGUGCGUUAUACUUUGCAUACAAGCAUGUCAAUGCCCAGCUAAAAGUUCAACUCUGUCUGUGUGUAUAGAAAUGAUUAAAUGUGAUUGAAAGAGCCAGUGAGCAUUAACCCAUCUUCAAGUGGGUACAAUAUCCUUGGUGUCUAGUGUGAAUGCAGUUGUAUUUCUUCUGGUACUGUGAAGCACAGCUCAUGCAUUGAAACAAUAUGCAAUGGUGGGUAGUUGUAUUUGUCUGUGCUACAAGAAAUACAGCUCUAUUUGGCUGGUGUUACGGUACUGACAUCUCUGGGAACAGCCACCUCAAGAUUUCCUCCAUCUUGUUGUACAAAUGUUGAUGUUUGAACUGCCCCUUCGUCCUGCUUGUUGAUGCACAAAUCCAUUAUGGUUCAUCAGCUAGUUUUUGCUCCUAGAUUUUACUUACCAGCAUUUGACAAAACACCUCAUGAUUAUUAGAACACAUCCAUUAACUGUAGUAAGUGAAUUGCACAUAUACAGUAUUUGUUGCAAGAUUGUGUAUAUUCUUGAAUUUUUUUCCAGUCUAUUUCCUAAAUUAUGCUUCCUUUGGCCAGAAAUGCAUUUUUGAGACAUCUGGCACGUGUGCAUGGUGUCAGCAUAUGUGAAUGCAUGCUAACUCACUCACUUGCACAAUUUUUGGUCAGAUAGGCUGUGCUGCUAACAAAAGAGGUCUUGGUAAUCUCCACCUCCUCGAGAAAGAGUAAGCCAAACAAUAAUGCACUGAAAAGAGGUAUCUUACAAUAUACUACAUACAGAGACUAUUAUAUGUUUAAUCUUUUAUUUUAAAUAAUGAAAAAAUAUUAGUUUUCCUUUAAUUUAUUAGUGGCAAAUAUUAGCAAUUCUACAAAAUUAGUCGGCAUAAUGAUUGAGAACCUGUCAUCCAUCAAGUGUGCUGCUGAGACCACUUGAUACAAAAUACACAAUAUGGCAUGCUGAACUUUAGAAAGAAAGAAAAAAAACUUCAAAGCUCAGUUUUUUUUUCUUUUUUUAAAUCACCUCACUUAAAAUACUAUUAGUCACCUAAAUUACUUUAGCUAAAUAAAGCAGUUUUAGUGCUCAAUUCAUUUAGGAGUUAAAGGACCACUCUAGGCACCCAGACCACUUCAGCUUAAUGAAGUAGUCUGGGUGCCAGGUCCUUCUAGGGUUAACCCAUUUUUUUUAUAAACAUAGCAGUUUCAGAGAAACUGCUAUGUUUAUGAAUGGGUUAAGCCUUCCCCCAAAUCCUCUAGUGGCUGUCUCAUUGACAGCCACUAGAGGCGCUUGCGUGCUUCUCACUGUGAUUUUCACAGUGAGAGCACGCAAGCGUCCAUAGGAAAGCAUUGUAAAUGCUUUCCUAUGCGACGGGUUGAAUGCGCGCGCAGCUCUUGCCGCGCGUGCGCAUUCAGCCGGCGGGGCGUAACGGAGGCGGAGAGGAGGAGGAGAGCUCUCCGCCCAGCGCUGGAAAAAGGUAAGUUUAAACACCUUUCCCCCUUCCAGAGCCGGGCGGGAGGGGGUCCCUGAGGGUGGGGGCACCCUCAGGGCACUAUAGUGCCAGGAAAACGAGUAUGUUUUCCUGGCACUAUAGUGGUCCUUUAAAUCACUUUGUUUCUGUUUAUGCAGCCCUAGCCACACCUCCCCUGGCUAUGAUUGACAGAGCCUGCAUGACAAAAAAAAACUGGUUUCACUUUCAAACAGAUGUAAUUUACCUUAAAUAAUUGUAUAUCAAUCUCUAAAUUGAACUUUAAUCACAUACAGGAGGCUCUUGCAGGGUCUAGCAAGCUAUUAACAUAGCAGGGGAUACGAAAAUCUUAAUUAAACAGAACUUGCAAUAAAGAAAGCCUAAAUAGGGCUCUCUUUACAGGAAGUGUUUAUGGAAGGCUGUGCAAGUCACAUGCAGGGAGGUGGGACUAGGGUUCAUAAACAAAGGGAUUUAACUCCUAAAUGGCAGAGGAUUGAGCAGUGAGGCUGCAGGGGCAUGUUCUAUACACCAAAACUGCUUCAUUAAGCUAAAGUUGUUCAGGUGACUAUAGUGACCCAUUAAAAGGUAUGAAUAUAUAUUUUGUAUGCUUGCAACAGCCCAUAUUUAGCAAGUCUUGUUCUUUACCAACCUAAUGUUUUAAUGGCUACUAUUAUCACAUUAGCCCACUUACAGUACAAUUAACCUCUUGGGCUUCUCUGCAGUGCAAGGUUUAAAGGAACACUACAGGGUCAGGACCACAAACAUGUAUUCCUGAUCCUAUAGUGUUUAACUCACCAUUAAUAAAACUCACCUUAUUUCCAGCGCUGCGUGGAUCCGUCGCCGCUGGCCCCCAAUGGGAAAAGCAUUGGAUUGACUAAAACGGCAAGGGGCGGGGCCAAACACCAUUUUGACGCUAAUACAUCUCUAUGAAGAAAAUUCAGUGUCCCCAUGCAGAGCGUGGAGACGCUGAACGGCACUGCUGCCAACUGUGCAGCCCUGAGCCGGGAAGCACCUCCAGUAGCCAUCUGAGGAGUGGCCACCUUGAGGUGUUCCUAGGAGCAAUGUAAACACUGCCUUUUCAUGAAAAUGCCUGCAUACAAUGAUUAUACUCGCCAGAACAACUACAUUAAGCUUUAGUUGUUCUAGUGACUAUAGUGUCCCUUUAACUGGAACCCUGUAAUGAGGCCCCGGGACAGAGCGAGGUGCAAACGAGAAGUUUGAUUAUACUCUUAUAUAAAAUAUGAAAGACCUACGCCGACGAUGUAUUGCUGACCAUCACGGACCCAAUAAGGUCCAUGACCAGACUAAUCACGCUGCUAGUAGAAGAAUACAGGGCGGUAUCGAGUUAUAGAGUAAACCUCAACAAAUCAAUAUCAAUGCCCAUCAACAUGACAGGCCAGGACGUAACGUGCAUCAGACAAACACAUCAGAUUAAGAUUGCCACAGACGCAUUCACCUACCUGGGGGUACAACUCACAGCAGACCCCGCGGCUCUUUACAGGCACAACUACACACCCUUAUUCACCACACUCAAAAGGGACCUAGACAACUGGACAGACAAGCCAAUAUCCUGGCUGGGACGCCUGCACUCCGUGAAAAUGAACAUCAUGCCUAGACUACUUUUCAUGUCCCAGGCUGUUCCAGUGCCUUGGCUCACAUCCAGAAGGCCAUUGACACUUUCAUCUGGCAGAGGAAGCGACCCAGGGUGGCCCACCCAGGGUGGUCCUGGGGCUACCCCACCUAUUCCUAUAUAACCUGGUGGCGCAAUUGGCUCAGGUUGCCCACUGGCACUUCCUUCUGGAAGGACAUCGGUGGGUGGACAUCGAAUCACUAUUAACGUGCGCGGACCUACCCCAGUUUUACAUAUGGUCCCCAAGGGAACACAGGGCACUCUCCAGAACAACCUGCCCGUCCAUCCUAAACUCCUACGACAUAUGGGACAAGGUAGCUCAGAAAUACAAGUUCGCUCACAACCCUUCACCCUUGACCCCAGUGCUGAAGAAUAGAGCCCCCCCAGGUAUGAGGGCAAGAGACUUUAAGGUCAUCGAAGCCACGGGACUGCAACGAUACAUACACCUUUAUGUUAAUGACAAGGUAGUGACAUACGGACACUUACGCACACUAGCAGACAUGAAACCUCGAGACUUCUUUCGUUACAUGCAGCUCAGGGACUUUGCACUAACCGAUGAUGCAAAAACCUUUUUCGAAAACAUAUGCCUCAAGGAGAACUCAAAAGGCUAAUCUCCCUACUCUAUGACCACCUGAGCUCAGAAUCAGAGGCGAUACACAAAUCGUUGGGAGGAGGACCUGGGGGAGACACUGGAGGUGACGGAGUGGAGGGACAUAUGGGAGGCCUGUGCGAAAGCCUCCAUUUGAACCACACUGCAGGAACAAGCGUACAAGACGUUAUUCCAUUGGUACAGCACCACAUGAAUGCCAGCACCACAUGGUGCCUGUGCGGGAACAAGGGCAGCUACAUUCACAUGUGGUCCAAGAGUAUUGGUGGGGUGUGGUGGACCUCAGCUCUCGUAUCAUAGAAAUAAGGCUCACACUAGACCCCUGGGCAUGCCUCUUGUCCAGGCCUACCGAAGGAUUGGAUAAGCAUACACAAAGAUUACUAAAUACGGUAUACAUAGCAGCCCGCAGCGCCUUAGCUCAAAACCGGAAAACCAGCAACACCCCACACAGACCUGAUCAUAACAAAGCUUAGGGAUAAUUACUUGAUGGAUAAGCUAACAGCGCAGGUACGAAACACAAUGACCUCAUUCCACAAAGUUUGGGACUUAAGGGAACAGUUUGAGGGGUAACUACCUCAUUCAAUGGUACAUAACCUUUUCUCAACGUCUUAUUUAUGUGGUUCUAUUUCUUAUUAUGUAUUAAGUAUUUUAUAUCACAAGGUAAAAAUCGUGACGGUUUACUCAUAUUCUAGCCAUGUACCCAGAGGGCAAUUGAGCAUUUUGAUCAUAUCGGCUUCUGCGCAAGCCACUCUGUGUCUGACUGUUUUAUUUCCUAUCGCAUAUGUCACGACAAAAAUAAAGAAAUAAAUAUAUAUAUAUAUAUGAAAGACAAAAGGUGCCACCAUCUUUACAUUCAUAAUGUAUAAUUUAUUAGGGUUCCUUUAUUUUUGGAGCAGCACCUUGAUUGGGACAUGCAUUAUUUUGGAAUAAUCAUGUUUUGCUAACUUCUUGAUUUAGAAGUAGUGUAUACAUUUGUUUGUGUAACAGGCACACUUUUUUUAUAUUGCACUUUUAAUAUAUGGUCUUACUUUUCUUCCACAGCCCAGUGACUUUUCCAUAUCUUUAAAAGCAUCAGGAAAGAAUAAACACUUUAAAGUGCAGCUGGUGGACAAUGUUUAUUGCAUUGGGCAACGACGAUUUAAGAGCAUGGAUGAACUAGUGGAACAUUACAAAAAAGCACCCAUCUUCACUAGUGAGCAUGGAGAUAAACUAUAUCUUGUAAAAGCACUGCAGUGACAUCAAAUCCAGUGAUGGCCUAAUCCACAUUGGCCUCACAAACGUCAAGCCUUAGUUCCAAAAUAUUACUUCCAUGGAACAGAGCCAUUAUUACAUACAAAGGAAGCAAUCUUAAGAAUCAUGGCUCCUCUUAUACCACAGACACUCACUGCAUAGUACUUUAUCUUUUUUAUUUGUGUUUGUUUUGUCUUUUCUGUUUGUAAGUCAUCUUGCCCUCAGGUUACAAACCUCACUUAAGUGACCAUUGUAAGCACUCACUGUCAUGCCUUGGUUUGAAGUCUCCUAUUCUGCAUAUGUUUACAGUACAUAGCUAGCAAGAGGAGUAGGAGUUAACUUGAAACAGUGUUAAUAUACUCCAACAUUUUAUAAUGUAAGAAUACUUUAUUGAAAUACUUUAGGGCACAGUUGAUAUGCACUGAAGCUGCAGUAAUUAAUAUUGUAGACAUGCUGUAUCAGUUGUGGCUGUGAAUUCUGUAGCCUUGUUGCUUACCAAGUAGUAUAUACAAAUGUCCAUUGUCACUAGAGCCACUAUUACACUGUACUGUAUUCUGCUACCACAUUACCUCUUUUGACUUUUCUGCAGAGUACACAAAGUAUUGUAGCAGUAAUCCAUAAACUACUUUGGUAAAAUUGAUUGUAGUACAUAGUGUAUUUGAUAUGUAAUUACAACAAAAAUAGUUCAUGAGCAAACAAUUAUUUGAUUCCAAGUUUUAAAUAAAAGUUAACCAAAUGUGCCAUCCACAUUUUUUUCUCUUGCCCUCCUGCUUGUUCUAAUGAAACGAUUAUGUAUUUAAUUAUGAAAGUAAUAUGUAUGUGUAGCAGAUUGUCAAUGCUAAUACAGAUAAAUAAUAAAACUGAUCUUUUUGAGACCAAUGGCUUAUUCUUUUUGCUGUGAUGCAAAUGUCUAAUUUCAUAGUUUUUCAAUAUGGCAGCACAUCACUCCAUUAUACCCUAUCCACUAUGCCCAUAAAAAAAGUAUAUUUAAAAGCAGUGUUUUCUUUAAUGAACAGCAUAGACACAGCCUUGGAAGAUUUAAAAAAAAAAAAGCAUGUUACCCUUGGAGAUAUUUUCCCUCUGCAGAAAUUCCAAACUGGGCAACAGGGUGGUGACAUAAGCAGUGUGAGAGCUAGAAAAUAGCUGUCCCAGUCAAGUCCUACUUGUAGCUUGCUGGGGAAUAUAUAGAGUGUAUACUACUUUUCUGUGUUGUCUGUCUCUUUCUCAUGUCCCAUAUGGGUUCACUCACACAGUCCAUGCACUCCGUUAGUACUUCAUAUAGUACUAGCUCUGAAGACUUGGGCUUCCCUGCAGUGGUGCAUUUUACAAGGAUACUUAAAAUAACUUAUCUUUGCAAACAAAUAUGGUGAUUCCCCCCCUCCCCCCCAUCCCUUUGUGGUGUCUUCCCUCUUCUACCUACAACCAAUGUCACUAAAACAAUUUUUAUUUUGGAGAACAUUAGGAACUUUAUGUAUGCAAUAAAAAAAUUUAUGUAGAUUUAUUGGCAGCCAAAAAGAAGGUAGACUAUCAGGAUUAUUCACUAAAGUGUGAAUUCAAAGACCAUUUUAAAUUUAAAGGGACACUAUAGUCACCAGAACAACUUCAGCUUAUUGUAUUUGUUCUGGUGAGUAGAAUCAUUCCCUUCAGGCUUUUUGCAGUAAACACUGUCUUUUCAGAAAAAAAAAUAUCAGUGUUUACAUUACAGGCUAGUGAUUACUCCAGCACUGCCAUUGUUUCUCCACCCUCUGCAUGGAGACACUGAACUUUUCUCAUAGAGAUGCAUUGAUUUAAUGCAUCUCAAUGAGGAGAUGCUGAUUGACCAGGGCUGUGUUUGACUUGUCCUGGCUCUCCCCCUGAUCUGCCUCCUUAACAGUCUCAGCCAAUCCUAUGGGAAAUCAUUGUGAUUGGCUAAGAGAAUCACUUCUGAUGUCAGAGGCAGUUCACAGACAGAGGCAGCAGCUGCAGACUUGAAUACAAGUAAGAUUUUACUAUAUUUAGGGAGGCAUGGUGUGAAGGGAGGGGGGGGCUAGAUGAUGACAUCCCAGGCAGUCCCCCUCUGAGGAAUCAGGCCCCUGCAAGCUAGGUGAUCACUCUGACAGAUUCAGUUGUUGCCCCCUAUUGUAGAGCUUGCUUAAGAGCUGCUGUUCGCUCUCCUGAGCGAAGACCUGCAAUGUAGGGCUAGAUCAUUGGCUGAGAGCAUCAGCUGAUCACUCUCAGCCAGAGAGCUUAGACCUGCAUCUCUGGGUUUAUCUUAUCAGAAGGCUUCUGGCUUUUCUAUAGGUUGUAGAGGCAUCAGUUGGAUGCUAGGUAUGAAGUGAAUCAUUCUAAAAUGGUUUGACUACAUAAAUAAUAUAAUAAAUGUGAUAAGUGUCAGUUAAACCAUUUCUAUAAUCUACAACUACGGGGUUUUAUAAAAUCGUUUAUUAAAUUAUCACUUUUAUCCACUGUUUUAUAAAUUUGAGACUGGAAAAGUCAUUAUAAGUUGCAUUUUCAUUUGAAUAUAGGGAAACUACUUGAAACAUUCAUUGUGUUGAGCUAUUUCAAUUGUAUUUGUUUGAUUUGUUCAUUACAAACAGCUGAAAGUCUGUAAAUUUUGACACAAAAAUAAUGAUUUCCAAUAGGGGUUGAAUAAUUUUGAUAACAAAUGUAUAUUUACUUGAAUUUGUUUAUUUUUUAAUUUAUUUUUAUUAUUAGGGCAUGUGUGUCUCUGUGUGGAAUUCUUUCUUCCGAGGAAUAACAUAACAUGGACCCUGAAUUUAAGAUUUCUG